UCGAUUGCUAACAACAAGUUGGAGAUUAUUAAAAAUAAGACUUUCUCUGGCCUUAACUACCUAUACGAACUGUAAGUGGUGUUUAUAUAUAUUUUUUAUUGCCUUGAUCUGUAGUGUGAAACGUUUGGCCACUCCUUAAGUAGCAGAAGCUAGUACCUCGCUGUUGUGCUCAGGCUAGCGUUCAUCGCUCUGUGCAAUGGCAUCCUUAACUGCGAUCCUUUUUAUUCAAAGCUGUAAAGGCAAGUUUAUUGGAAAUAGAUUUUACUUUCCUUUGUUUCAAAAUCAUUUUCGUACGCUACCAUACAAACAACGAAAGGCGGUAGAUUUCAAUCGAGGAAAAAAAUAAACAACAAAUCAGUAAAAUAACCAUGCUUUCUCAAAAAUAUAAGCAAGCAAUACAAGUGAAUAAAUUGUCCAAAUCAGACAUGACCCAAACCUUAAAGAUAUCGCAUGUAAAGUUGACUACCCAGCAUAUUAUCUUCACAGUUACAUGGAUAACAACGACAUUCACCGCAUCGAGGCUACCGGAUUCUACCGGAUGGGAAAACUCAGAUACUUGUAAGCUAUGUUUAAACAAAUCGACCACAGUUUACCUGAUCAGUAUAUGCAGGCCCUCAAUACUUCUGAUUAGCUAGCUUGGAGAUAAGCAACCUUCCCUAUUCAAAAGAGGAACCAGAUGCCUCAUUGUUGUUUUUUUUGUUGUUGUUUUUUUAUUUCUUUGUACCCUUGUUCUUUUCCUUGUCACUAGCGUGACGUUGUUCCCCUUUGUUGUCGUAUUCAUUAUGAAGGCAUUGUGGCAGAGUGGUCAGUGCGUCGGACUAGCAAUCCGGCGGUCCCGUGUUCGAGUCCCACUCUAGUCGCUUGCUGGAUUUGUUCUAGGUCGUUCCGAGUACACAUCCUUGGCCAUGUUUGCAAAUAACUAACUACUUGCCUCCUACCAGUUGGUCUUUCAAUACUGUUGGGUUCUAUUUGAAUUAUUCGUUCAUAAUUAUUUAUAAUAGAAAAAUACGCGGAAUGUACUUCCCACUAUACCAAGCGAAAUGAAACAGUCAUGGAGAUAACCAACUCAAGGUUUAAACAGCAGUCUGACGUGGUUGUUAGUGCUUCCCCCUCCGAAUAACUCCAAAAUAUUACUAACCAUGAAGCCUUCAUGCAGCAGUCUCUUUCGGAGGCAAAUUUAAAAAAAUUCUUGGGAGAAAAAGUUUCAAUUUGACCAAACCAUAUUUCAAUACUUUUAUGUCAACCACCUCGCGCUGUUGUUAGUCACACCUAUGGAAAGAUUGUUUUUUUUAUCUGGUCGUAAAUAAAAAUUUCCAUCGAUGAAAGCAACAUAGAAUGACAUAGAAUUUGCUCAUUGUGUUAUUUAAUUAGUUAUAAUUAAUCGUUAGAUAUUUAAGAGGUAACCGAUUGCGAUACAUCGCUUAUGGAACAUUCUACUACACAAAGAAUCUUUACAAACUGUAAGUACCAAAAUGUAUACCUGUUGUGAUAGAUGAAAAAUUAAUUAAUCAGUUUACUUUAUCUCCUCUAUCUAUACCUCAGCUUUCUAUAAGCUCCUUAGACAAGCUUCAAGGGGUAUCUUACUGAAGUAAAAUAUAGCAGAUACGUUAUAAUAAUUGUAAACAUAAAUUUCUCUCUAACUAAAACAGAUGAGACAGUUCGAUGAGCGUUCAUGCUCGGUUCAUUAACACACUCCUAGCUCCGUGUGGUUUGGUAUUCGAUGGGUCGUCGGUUUAUAUUACAUGAAGUGGAAAUAGUUACAGAGACCCACUCGUCCACACCACAGUUAGAUGCGCAUUAAAAUUUUAAACCCAGUAGACAGUUUGUCAAGAGAAUUGUAAAUUGUAAAUUGUAAAUAUCUUAUUAUCCACUCCCCUCAGGGCUUUUCAGGGAUAAUUUACAACACUGGUUGGGGGACUUUGCCAGACUGCUUAGGUGCAGUUUACAAGUAAUGAAAGAACGAGUAAUGAUGCUGCUCCCAUACGUGAGUGUGGAAGUGAGAUAAACCACAAUACCGGGCACUACGCACCCUACUCUUUACGAAGAGUGUGUGGGCUCUUUAACGACCCACAGAUUUAUUACAUGUGCAAGGGCUUGUGAUACGGGGCCUACGGUUUAUCGUCCUUAUCGGAGAAGACUAGAAAGUCUAACCGUUUGUAUAUGUUAUUACAAAGGCAGCACUUUCUCCUCAGGUAUUUAAAGACUCUGAGUGUUGGUUCGGCCGGGGUUUGAACCCACGACCUCCCGCUCAGCAGACCGGCGCUCGUCCCAUUCAGUUAACCGGGCGGCGGUCAAAGUGUGUAGGCGGCGGUCGAAGUGUGUAGGCGCGGCGAUGCUACAUAUUUUCCCUGAUGAAGGCAGCAUUGUCGAAACGUCGGAGUUUUAUUUGCAAUUAUCAGCGUUUAACUUACCACCUUCCCACUUUUAACACACACAAACGCUACGCAGGAACCCCCUUUAUUUGCGGCAAUGUUACAGUGAAGAAGUAUUGGACUGAUGUAAAUGCAUUGACAGACAAAUAAAUAAAUAAUGCACGGAGUGUGCGGAAUAUUAUUAAUUGUAUUGAAUCUUUCUCUUCCAGCCCUUAAGGCAGGUGAAGUUUUAAGUAUUUCAAACUAAAUUUAUCCAAAAAAAUAUUUUUCUCUUAGAGACUUAUCUAGGAACAACAUAUCAAGUCUUCCUGAUGGAGUGUUUGCAACACUGAAAUAUCUUCGAGACUUGUAAGUAAUGAUUUAAAGGUUAACUUUUCCUUGUCAUUCCAACAACUUCUUUCACAAAAGAAACGCGAGUGCAUAUUCUCACUUUUCAAAUUUUGGAAACAAUACAGAGAAACUGGAAAGCGCAAAGUAUUUUCCCACGCAAGGAGACGACUCUCUGUUAUGGAGUAAAGUCAGUCUUAAAACAACUGCUGAUUUCCCCUCAACGUUAAGUCGGAGCUAGUGUCAGUCACAGGUUACCCAGGCUCUGUCAUAGUACCACAGUUCGGUUCCAGUAAAAUUACAGUGUUUGUAUGAGGUAAAAAUACCAUCCUAAAAUUUCCAGGAAAUACUAAAUAAAGAUCAAUGAAACUUACUCUGCAGUUAAUUGUUGUUGUCCUUAUUGCUCCAACGAAGUUUCGUGAUAAUUUGCAGUAAUUUGUUCAAAUUCACACUAUAUACAAUAAUAAUAUACAAGGUAGGAAACACGAGAUGCUAUUUUCGCCGACAUGCUCUCAUUCAACACAACGUUUUCCACGAAAUUCGAACUCCAACGGAAAGUAAACAUGCCAGGAUCGUAGAAAUAGAAUAGCAGCAGAUAUAGAAACCAAUGAAGCUUUCAUAGAUAGAGAAAAAAAAAAAAUUUCAUCCCGGGAGUCCUGAGGUGACCUUUCUGGGGACCGAUACAUCAUUUGCCUAAAGUCAUCCUCCCCUGCUGAAAAAAUACUUGAUAGAAGGCAAUUUUCGUCCCCCGCGCGCUUUCUAUUUUUUCGAUUAUUGAUAUUUUGAUGGGGAUACCCAGCGGGAGCCUCUGCGGAGGAGAGAGGGCAAAUGAUGUAUCGGGAAUUUUUUUCUACAGUGCCCAGGCCUCAUUUUCUUGGCCGCGCGUUGAACUGGCCCGGCUGCUUCGACAAGCAUGUUCUCGGUCUGUUUGGAUUAUAUCCUUCGAGUUUGUCAAAGUCUGUGGGAUUCGUUUCUCUAUCUGUGAAAGCUUCAUUGGUUUCUAUAUCUGCUGCUAUUCUAUUUCUACGAUCCUGGCAUGUUUACUUUCCGUUGGAGUUCGAAUUUCGUGGAAAACGUUGUGUUGAAUGAGAGCAUGUCGGCGAAAAUGGCAUCUCAUGUUUCCUACCUUGUAUAUUAUUAUUGUAUAUUGUGUGAAUUUGAACAAAUUACUGCAAAUUAUCACGAAACUUCGUUGGAGCAAUAAGGACAACAACAAUUAACUGCAGAGUAAGUUUCAUUGAUCUUUAUUUAGUAUUUCCUGGAAAUUUUAGGAUGGUAUUUUUACCCCAUACAAACACUGUAAUUUUACUGGAACCGUACUGUAGUACUAUGACAGAGCCUGGGUUACCUGUGGUGUCAGUAAGACAAUUUACCACAAGAUCCUUUAAGGUUGCGUGUUACAGCACAGUAGUGACAAUAGUGCCAGAAAAAUGUCAGAUUAACGGAUCAAAACGCAAUGGGCACAGUUGUUUCUUUUACAUCUUCUACAGGAAUCUCAGUAAAAAUGCUCUAAGGCACAUCAGGACUGGAACUUUUCGACGCUUACCUCGGUUAAAAUACUUGUAAGUAUAGCUCUGAAACAUCCGCUUUUACGAAAUUUGGAUGCAUGACCAACCAAAUUUUCUCCGUGAAAACGACUUCUCCCUUAUUCAAGUCAAUCUAUCAAGAAGCAUGAAAAAAAGACAUCCCGGAUAAAAUACGUUUUUAAUCUUUGUCAAACAUGUUGAUAAGCCUGCAUGUCAAGAUUUAUAAAUCGCUCCAUUGUGAGAUUUGCUCUGUGCUAUAAGAUUCCAAAGUAUAAAGAAGGAAGCUACCUAAAGAACAGUGACAGAUUGCUUUUUUAUCAUUUUUUCCACAACAGGUAUUUGGACUUUAAUGGUAUAAAGGCAAUUGACCCGAGGUCUUUUUCCUCCUCAAGGCCGCUGUAUUUUUUGUAAGAACAAAACCUUAUAUUCUUGUAUUUGGUAUUUUCUAAUUUUCUGGUUUUUCAACUUUGUUAUCAUUCUUACCAUUAUUAAAAAUAUACGGCUUGAAUUAAGUACUGUUUAAAAAGCGAGCAGGAGUGUAUUAUCAGGUUUACAAACUCGAGGCGAAGCCGAGAGUUUUUACACCUGAUAAUACACGACUGCCACUUUCUGUAGUUGCGGAUCAGCGACUAACAACUGUCAAUAGUUCAGGAUCAGCCUCGAUACAUACAUGUAUAUUUUAUUGUAAUAUACUAAUGUGAAUACCUUGUUUGUCCAAAUAAGGAAUUUCUUAAAGAUCUUUUAUUUCUUAGAUUAUUUUUUUCCAAAGUUAAAUUCUCAUAUUAACAAAUAUAACUGAUCAUUCUUUUGCUUAUCUAGAAACUUGGACGGGAACCAGCUUACAAGAAUCAAUGAUACAACCUUCCUUCGUCUUGAAUACCUACAUCAAUUGUAAGUCAGGUUAACUUGAAGUGAAGCCCGGAAAAUUGCCUCUGGGGAAGAAUUAAAUUUGAAGUUCAUUAAUAUUGAGAUCACCGUUCGUUUCAAUAUCGCGUUCUUCACCUGAACAGUUUGAAGCAGGGGCCCCCAUAGCCUUGGUCUAAACAGCCUUUCUUGUAGCGAGGGGUACAAUUUUAUUUUUUCAGUGAUGUAUUUUCUUUGUAAAUACUUUUAAUAUAAACUUUGGUGUAUAUCAUUUGUUCCCUAAAUGAUUUCAGGUCUAUGUGUGUGUAAUUGAUCUCGUUCUUUUCCGACAGGAAUUUGCAAAAUAAUUAUAUUCGAGAAAUAGGUAAAGACUCUUUCAAACAAAUGAAGCAUCUGACCUAUCUGUAAGUUGAAAAUUUAUUGUUUUAAUGUUUAAUGACAUGGUGUGGAUAAUCUUUGAAACAAUUGAGAUAACAUACUUAUCCCUUGCUUCAAUAAAAAUCUGUUAUGCUUUAAGACAUAUUCAAAAAAUAUUAACAAUUCAUAAAGAAAAAGCGAAAGAAAUCAAUGUUUAAUAAGGGCCUAUAUAUCUGAUAAAGAAACUUCACGUCCAGCUUUUUAGACCAAAAUAACCCCAGUUCUAAAUAUUAGUGCAAGAAUGAUUCGAUAUAUAUCUGAGAUUUGGAAGCCGUUAAAAAAAAUCGUAGUCGUGUAUUUUUAGGUGUAAAAACUGUCAGCUUUGCCUCGAGUUUUUAAAUUUGAUAAUACACUCCUGCUCGUUCUUUAAACAUUACUUCAUCCUUGAUGCUUUGUACCGAAUUAUAUGUUACACAAUUAUGCCAUUACAUUAAUACUAGUAAAUUAAAGUCACAAAUUGCUUGUCAAUUUUGAAUAAAUCAAACUCAUAUUUAAAUUUUAUCAUUUUUAAGAGAAAACUCAAGCAAUCAUGUCUAAAAAACGGAAUAAAAAGUAAAUAUUUGGUUUAUGUUGGAGGUGUUCUUGGGCGCUUUUGCUGGUUUGCAGGCACUACACUGACAAAAUAAUAGAAAAAUGUCAUUAAACCACCAAACACCCAAACGGCCAGAGGCAACUACUGUAGCUAGCUAUUCACUAUCAUGAUCAAUAAUAUGAAUUCCAGACUACUGAGAAGCAAGCUUACAUGCGAUAAACACGUUACUCUCUAUAUAGAAGAGCAAUAGUGUAUUAGCUCUCUUGGCUAGCACCCAUGCUUAAGACGAGGGUAGUGGAAAAUAAUGAGCGAGGUUUAUAUGCAAUUUUUAAAGUGGUUUUCGGUCUUAUUUUCUGGUUCUCUUUGGAGCGUUACAACUAGUGGCAGUGAUGGGAUCCACGCCUCGUAAAGAUGAAAUGUUGGUAUUAGUGCAUUAGUUUGAAGUAUGAAACAUUUAUUAUUAUUAUUAUUAUUUUAUUAACAUGGAAAAAAAUUUUGAACAGCAAACAUGUCUUUUCUGAAGCACGCUCAGAACGUUAAGUAAUGACAUUAAAAUGGAGUUAAGCCUUCAAAAUUGUGCAAACAAAACAGUCGGAAGCGGAUAACUGUUUGAAAUAUCGACAUAAAGUUAGAAGAAGAAAUAAUAUGGUCACACAUAUACCAUAAUACAAGCAAAGAAGAUAGAAUGUAGCCCUUGUGAAUGAUAGAGAGUAGUGGUGGAGGGACCGGUUACUCCGGUUCUUUGCGGAUUUAAUUAACUUUUUGUGCGGUAUAAAUUAACGUAGAUGACGUCAUGCAUUAGAUUAAGAUAGGAUGAUGUCAUAGUUUAAAUUAAUGCUGAUGACGUGAUGCAUUAGAUUAAGAUAGGAUGAUGUCAUAGUUUAUUUUUAGCUGGCUGACGUCAUGCAUAUCAUAUAGAUAGGAUGAUGUCAUAGUUUAUUUGUAGCUGGCAAGGAGCAAGUGACGUCAGAAUUUCCUAGAGUUGACGUCAUCAAAAAAUGUUGAGAUCAUAAUCUAUAAACAGAAAAGUGAUUUUUAUAUAAUUAGCCAUUUGCUACAGUCUUCUGAUUAGAUAUUGUUUGCUAUAGUCUUCUGAUUGGAUAUUGUAGAAACUGUUGUGUUCAAAAUAAAAGCGGGCAAAUUUUGAACGUGUUAUCUUUGCAGAUUAUACUAAAUGAAAAAUCUUUAAUCAUUAAAUUAAUUAUUUUCACUAAAAAUCGGUUAUAAACAAAACCAAGACAUGGAGGUUAACUGAACAAUCUUUACUUCAAAAGAAGGGAAAAGGAGGUUAAGCGAAUGCGAAAUCGUAUUAAUUUUUCGGACAAAACAUGAAAACGAGGUCGAAGCUCAGCGAAGCGAAGAACUGCUUAUCAAGCAAAAAUGUCAAUCGUUGUUUACUUGACUCUGUAGAAAGUAUUGCACAGGGUAUAAAAAUUCUAUAGAAAACAACAGGUGCUCCUAAAGUAAACCCUAACUCUUUUGGUUCUUAAAUAAACCCCAUUCUUGUUCCUGAGUGGAAAGUCUAUUAAAAAAAAGAUAGGAAAAAGAGGUGCGAUCGCCUAGCAACACAUGUCUUCUUGUUUAGCGGUAAAAAUCGGAUAUAUAAACAAAACACACACACACACAUACACAGAGUGGAGCUGAAAACUCUCUAUUUCAAUUUUGACUCACCAUUACGAAAGCGUUUUCUCCGUUCUAUCUCGAGGAAACGACUAACUAUUGAAAUCUCAGCGCUUGAUGCGCUUAUGGUCUUGUCAAUUCAAGCGCCGUUAGCGUUAGUCAGUUAAUUAUGCGGGUUAACAAGCCCAAACUUGAAUACAAAUUAGUUCAUCUCUACAGCUAAACCCAAGGGAGCGCCUUGACUUGUUAUUGUAAAAACACAAACAAUUAAUAAGUUAACAAGGAUCAAUUUAAACACGCGACAAAUCAGUUGACAAGACACGAGAUACAGUUUUAAAAACUUUAUUGAAAACCAGUGACAAAAAGAGUCAAAUACACAGCGAUGUGGAAGGGAUGGAAAUUAGUCCUCCUCUUCGUUCUCCUCUUUAGAAGGUGAAUAAAAAUUGGUUUCCAACGUCUUGGUGUUUUUGUGUGUAAUUAAUCCACAAUCGUGACACCGAAGAAAGCCCUCUUUGAUGUAUUUUCUCUCCUCGGGGAUCUGGUGAUCGCAUAUAGGACAAAUCUUGUAGUUAUCGUGCCAAAAGCAUUUAGGACAUUUCAUGAUCAAUGUGGAGUACACAUUAGAGUUUUCGCAAUGUUCACAGGGACUUUUAGAGUGAAAGGUGGUGGACGUUUCAGGGCUACUACUUUCUGUUUCCUCACUAUCAUUUUCAGUGUCGUUGUCGCUCUCUUGGGUGCCUUCAGUUUCAACGCCAUUCUCAGAAGCCACUUCCUCCUCCUCCUCCUGAUUUUCAAUAUCCCAUGAACUCUCCUCAUUAUUACUCUCAUUAUCGGAAGUAUUUUCUACAUUUCGGUAGCCUUUUUCUUUUUCUAUUAAAUCACUUAACAACUUUUUGUUCUUGAUUAAACCUUUAUCGAUUCCUAACUCUGCAAGUCCAUCUAGAAACGUAUUCAGCGCACGAGGCUUGGUAACCUCAUUGUUAUGAGGGAGUAACACAUACUCAACUAGCUCGGCGAUGUUUGUGACGGGAAUAGUGCGAAGUAAUUGUCCGCUGGGAGUCCAGAAAAGAAUAUCUUUGGACGCGGCCAUACUAUGCAGCAAAUCAGAAGCACGCUUUUCCGACACUGCUCGGGAAAGAUGACUCAAAACAUCUUUUAUUCUUGGUUCUUCUUUUAUUCUUGGUUUUUCAUCCUCGCUUUCAUCACCAGAACUUUCGCUUUCUUCAUGUUCACUCUCGUGUUCUUCUUCAACCAAAUCUAUCUUUCUCUUCAUUUUGAUGAGUACCCGUGACAGACCGUAGCUUCAAAUUAGUAACUUAUAGUUUCGUUUCCUCUUUUAUAGCAUCAAAAAUCCUAGGCUUGUAAAGGCAGGUACCAACAGGUCUUGAAUAAAACCAUCGCCCUCUUGUACAAGGAUUCGCUUCUUUGUUUUGUAAGGGACAUUUGUUUCUGCUAGGUUUACUAGAGCAUCCUUAUAUGGCAACACGUUCCGCUUAUUUCUUCGGGGAUAAGAAUGUAUUCCUUAAGUAUAUUGUAUAAGACUUGGACUAAUGCAUGUAGUUGUUGUGGACUGGCUGUCCGUAAAAGAAACUGUCGCUGAUGAGCUGGACAAACAGCUAAGAAUUGAAGAAAACCACGAUUGUUCUUGACAACUUGAGACAUUGGUUCAAAGUGAACUAAGGAUGGCAGUUGGCAGUCUUUUAUAGAAUCUCGUGGAGAAAAAAAAAUGAAACGAGUGCGCGAAGGAUAGAAAACAAUAGAAUGAGGAGGAGGAGGAGGAGGAAAGAAAACAACAGAAAUGUGGUGGUGGUGGUAGUGGUGGUUUUAGGGGAGGUUUUAUGGCCUGAAAACCUAUAUAAAUGCGCAACAUUCUACCUCUUUCUCAGUCUACAUUUUGCUCCUGAGGAGCUGACAUGAGUUGGCUCUGUUCUGUCUGCGAAAAGUCCUUUAGUAGAAAAGAUAAUAUGCAAAGGCACGUGAUGUCUAAACACCGCAAUGCUGGUCUCACCCCAUUUCAAACAGUUCCAAUAUUUUCACAGAAAUGUCAGCGGUUUCGCUUCGAGCACCCUUUCACCUCCAUGAUUUCCGGAAUGACCGGGUCCGGAAAAACGGCCUGGCUUCGAUCGCUAUUGCAACAAGCUUCAGAGACCAUUUACCCUCCCCCGGAGAGGAUCGUUUGGUGUUAUUCACAAUGGUAGCUUGCGUAUACACAAAUGUUAGUCGCCAUGCCAAACAUUGAAUUCGUCAAGGGAAUUCCUACAGCUUUGGAGCAGGAUUCCUUUUUUGGUGUGAACAAACGGAAUUUGAUCGUGUUUGAUGAUCAGAUGAUUUACUCGUGGUUCUCAUCAUCGCAAAUCUGAGCGUGAUUUACAUCGUGCAGAAUCUAUUUCACCAGGGGAAAGGUAGCCGCAGCAUAAGCCUAAACAGCCAUUAUCUGGUGUUAUUCAAGAAUCCACGAGACAAAUUGCAAAUCUUGAAACUGGCGAGGCAAAUAUAUCCCGGGCAGACGGAUUUCUUUUUAAAUCAGUACGAAGAAGCUGUAAAAAGACCGUUUGGUUAUCUUCUGAUUGAUCUGAAAACUACUACCCAAGAUAAUUGUCGGUUGCGAACAAACGUCCUGCCCAGUGAAGAAGGCUUUAACCAAGCAGGGUUUCAAGAAAAUAUUCCUCAAGAGCUUCUAAAAUAUCUGAAGCAGCAAACUCUUUCGCCUGUCCCACUUCUUCCAGCUAUGCAAGAAAUACAAGACAACAUGGAUGACGUGCUUUCUCGAAACGAUCUUCGGGACGAUGAAAAAGCUAAACGAUACCUUCAGUUGCAAAACAGAUACCUGGCUUUUAAAGAACAAUUAAAUACAAGAACACGACCGGAAGAAAUAAUCAGCACUUUUCCAGACUUAACAUCAAGCACACAAGAUUCUUCGACAGCAACGGCAGCAUUCUCCACUCCCAUUAACCCCUUCAACGUAACACCUAAAUUAACACAAGCGGCUAUCUUACAAAAACCUGAAAACGAAAGCUCCAACCCACCACUAACCUUAAAUCCUGGUUUCCUGACCCCUCCUCCCACAGUAGAAACCCCAUCACAAGGCCCGAAGCGCAAAAGGCGUCGGAUUCAAUUUGUAAAUUAUUUGGAUGAUCAUAAUGCUCAUGGCAAACAGAGGAAACGAGUUCGGCAUAAGAAAUUUCGAGUUAGACCUUACAAGUACUCCAUGGGCGAAGAAGAUGAUUAAUUUCCAUCCCUUCCACAUCGCUGUGUAUUCGACUCUUUUUGUCACUGGUUUUCAAUAAAGUUUUUAAAACUGUAUCUCGUGUCUUGUCAAUUGAUUUGUCGCGUGUUUUAAUUGAUCCUUGUUAAGUUAUUAAUUGUUUGUGUUUUUACAAUAAUAAGUCAAGGUGCUCCCUUGGGUCUAGCUGUACAGAUGAACUAAUUUAUAUUCAAGUUUGGGCUUGUUAACCCGCAUAAUUAACUGACUAACGGCGACCAUAAGCUCCUCAAGCGCUGAGUCGUUUCCUCGAGAUAGAACGCGUUAUAAGAUUAUUCAAUGAAGCUAAAUUCAACAACUAGUAGAGACUAUUCUAACAUGUUCGAAGUCGAAAACACAACGCACGUGGUCGCCGUUUUCGGGGUGCGCAUGUAAGUCAGUCAGGGGCCCCUAAGGGGGAUCCCCACAGGUUUCAAUGUUACAACAUCUCCCCCCUAACACGAUUCAAUGAGUCUUUGCGGCCUCCUAACUUGACGCCCAGAUCUGGUUGUAGUGAGAGUCGGUGAAAUUGUUUCUGCCUGUCUCUCUAGUGUCACUGGACUUGGCGCUGGCUUCUCAACUACAAGUGGCUGUCUUGUACUCACAGGAGAGUCACGAGGUUGGGUACUUAUGGGAGGAGCCCUUGUCCUUGGGGUCAUGGGAGAAUCAUUUGGAACAGAGAGGAUCUGUCUCCUAUUUCUCCUGUAAGCACGUCCAUAUUCAUCUUCCAGGAUGUAUGAUCUUGGCAUUACUUCAGCUUUGCGCCAUUCCCUCUCACCAUUUGGACGAAACCGCACCUUGUCCCCAACUUCCAGUGGAGGCAAAUCUCUACUCUGCUUGUCAUAAUUACACUUGGCAUUAUACUGUCGCUGAUGAAGUGUUUUCAGAACAUGAUCACGAUCCACUGGCUGAGGUAACAAGAGACGUCGAUGAGUUGGUAUCAUUGUUCGAGUUCGUCGACUCAUCAGCAGCUGGGCAGGUGACACACCGAUAUCUUCGAAUGGGGUGUUAACAGUCCCUCAAAUGGGUCUUUGUUCUCUGCAGCAGCCUUCUUAAGAAUGCGUUUUGCGGUUUGUACAGCUCUUUCCGCUGCGCCAUUUGAUUGAGGAUACUCUGGUGAACUGGUUGUAUGGGAAAAUCCCCACUCCUCAGCGAAUUUCUUGAACUCAUGGUUGUUGCUGAACAAAUUUCUGGUGUUGCUGUACUGCGGUCCGUUGUCGCUGACAACUUUCUCUGGGAUUCCAAACCUCGCAUAUAUUUUCUUCAAGUUGUUGACGACACAAAUGGCAGUGUUCUGGCGAAUCAGUUCUAUUUCAAAGUACUUCGAAUAGAAGUCAGUGACUAACAGGUACGUUUGGCCACCAUAUUGAAACAGGUCAGUCCCAACAACUUGCCAAGGUAAUCCUGGAAUGUCAUGAGGAUGUAAUGUCUCUCUCUGUUGUUGUCGGUUGCGGAAAGCAUUACAUACGGCACAGGAAGUGACUUUUUCUUUGAUUUGGGCAGUCAUGGAAGGCCAGAAAACAUAAUCCCUCGCAAAGGAAAGGCUUUUGCUCUCUCCCAUGUGAGCUCCAUGAAUUUCAUCUAACACUUCAGCUCUCAAUGGUCUUGGCACCACAAUUCUGUCUGAUUUAAAUAGCAUGCCAUCCUCGACACUCAGUUCUUCUCUGAAAUUCCAAUAUUCCCGGGCAAGUUCAUCAACUUGUUCUUUCUCAGAGGGCCAGCCUUGCAAAACGUACUCCAUCACCACUCUUGAUGUCUCAUCAGCACUUGAGCUGUCCUUGAAUCUCUUCAGGGUGCUGCUUUCUAAUCCAAGUUCCUCAACAAGAUUAACUCCGAUUACAUCUUCGGGUUCACUGAACGGUUCAGUUUCACUGAGAGGUGCUCUGCUAAGGCAGUCUGAAAAGACCUGCUGUUUUCCGGGGACAUAACGCACCAAAAGGUCAUACUUAGUGAGUUUGAGCAACAUCCUCUGUAGCCUGGGAGGGGCCUCAUUCAGUGGUUUCCGAAAGAUUGACUCCAGCGGUUUGUGGUCUGUCUCAACAAUAACUCUGCGCCCAUACACAUAUGUGUGAAACUUUUGCGCUCCCCAUACAAUUGCUAACAGCUCUCUUUCAAUAUUUGCAUACAUCUUCUCUGGGGAAGUCAAUGUCUUUGAACUGAAGGCAACUGGUUUGCCCUCCUGCAUGAUCACUGCACCAAGGCCUGUGCUACUGGCAUCAACACUUAGCACCGUUUCUUUGCUGUUAUCAAAGUAUGCUAACACUGGCGCACUAGUGAUGACAGACUUGAGCUUAUCAAAAGCCUCUUGUUGUGGUUUCUCCCACACAAAUGCGACAUCUUUCUGGGUAAGCUGUGAAAUUGGCUCUUGUAGAUUGGCUUUGUGUUCAAUGAACUUGUCUAGGUAAUCGACAGUUCCUAGUAUUCGAAGUACACCUUCUUUGUCAGAAGGAGGAGGCAUCUCACUGAUCGCGCGGAUUUUAUCAGGGUCAGGUUUCAAUCCUUCGGCCGAGAACACAUGUCCAACAUAGCUUACUUCAGGAACACGAAGUUUCACUUUCUUUGGAUUGAACUUCAAUCCGACUUCUCUGCUUCUAUCCAGUACUCUUCUCAACUUCUGAUCAGCAUCGGUUUGAUCUUUACCAUGAAUCAGGAAAUCAUCCACUAUAAUCUCCACAGGAACCCCUUCAAAGAGUUUGUCCAUCUCCCUUUGGUAGAUUUCAGGGGCAGAAGAGAUGCCAAAAGGGAGUCUUGUAAAUCGAUAUCGACCCCAGGGGGUAUUGAAUGUUAAGAGCUUUGAGCUUUCAUCAUCCACUGGAAGCAGCCAGUAUCCACUGCAAGCAUCAAGGGACAUGAAACUCUUCGCACCCGAUAAUCGGUUGGCAACCUCCUCUACAGUGGAUAGUGUGGUCUCUUAAGAGCUUUGUUUAGGUCCCUUGGGUCAAUACAAAUUCGAACAUCAUUCUUUGAGAGUGGAGUGUUCUUUUCUUUCACUUUUCGUUUGUCAAUCACUAGCAUAGAUGAAACCCAAGGGGUAUGUUCCUCUUCUUUAACAAUAAUCCCAUCUUCUUCCAUCUCUGUGAGCUUCUCUCGUGUUGGUUCAAGAAGUGCAAUUGGAAUUUUUCUGAGAGGAUGUACCACUGGAGGAACUGACGGAUCAACUUCCAAAUGUACUUUGUUAGGUAGCUUGCCAGGUUUAUCACUAAAACAAUCUUUAUAAUCCUGCAACACAGGAUCGGUUUGGAAGAAACUUGGCAUUUCUUGCUCUGGUUGUUUGGACUCUGGAGUAGUUAUCAGUUCAAGGUUCAUAAACUCAAGGACUUCUAAGUCUAAACAAGCAUCACAACCCAGCAAUGGUGUAAAAUUUCCAUCAACAACAAGAUACAACAGGUUAAGUUCACGACUCCCAUAACAAGUUGGAAGUCUCACAGAGCCCUUUGGAUGGAUGGGUUUAGGGGCAAGCCACCCCUUUAAAGGUUGCUGAAUUUUCUGAAGAGGUUUGCUUGUGAUUUCCUUGUACAGCUUAUAGGGAAUGACUGUAGCUUCUGCACCAGUAUCUGCUUUGAACUGUACAUCUUUCCCAGCAAUUUUGACAGUAAUCAAGCUCCUAGAUUUCUUUAGAGUGCCGGAGACACUAUCCAGCUCAACUGAUCCAAAAUAUGUAUGCACAUCGUGAUUCAUUGGAGGCUCAUGUUCCACAGCUGCAAAUUGUGAACCUUCAGCACUUAAUUCCUUGCACACUUGUGCAAAGUGUCCUUCCUUCUUACACUUGUUGCAUUUCUUUCCUAGAGCUGGGCAGCGAGGUGGCUGAGUAAGUGGGUGCUUGUAACCACAAAAUGUACAGUUACGAACGGGUGUCUUUUCUUGAACCUUGACUUUCCUGAGAGGAUGAAGUGAACGUUCGGAACCCGCAUCUGUUGGUGUAUUAAACUUGUAUUUCGGUAGUUCGGCUGCCUCGAAUGUACGGCAAUAAUCAUGAGCAGUUUGCAGCGUUAAAUCUGGUUUCUUCACCAGUUCACCUCGCAAUUCGUCUGACAAAACUCCUCCCACAAUACGAUCACGAAUGAGCGAAUCUCGAAGGUCGCCAAAUUCACAAGUUAACGACAGUCUUUUCAGUUCACUGACGAAAUUGUCAAUCCUCUCACCUUCCUUCUGGUUUCGCUGAUUAAACACCAGCCGCUCAUAAAUUACAUUUCUAGCACCCUGGCACAAUUCCUCGAAUUUGCGACAGACAUCUUGAUAGCAAUCUUUGUCUUCUUCAUCGGUAAACACAAAGUGACUGUACUCUUCGAUAGCUUCUGGUCCAGCACAAUGUAACAACAUAUUUACCUUCAGUUUGUCCGCUUUAUCGUCUUUACCUUUCGCAACAAGGUAAAUCUCAAAUUGCAUGAAAAAUUUCCUCCAGUUCUUGGCAGCAUUCGCGUCUAGGAGCAAUGGGCCUGGCAUUCGAGAAUCUCGCUCGGCCAUUAUACAAGAUACAGAAAUACAACUCAACAGGAAACUUGUUUGUCCCAUCAACUCGUCCAAUAAUUUCUCACAGUUCGGCAGGGCAGAUAACCACUGUUAUCCCACUUCUGACACCAUGUUAUAAGAUCAUUCAAUGAAGCUAAAUUCAACAACUAGUAGAGACUAUUCUAACAUGUUCGAAGUCGAAAACACAACGCACGCGGUCGCCGUUUUCGGGGUGCGCAUGUAAGUCAGUCAGGGGCCCCUAAGGGGGAUCCCCACAGGUUUCAAUGUAACCUGCGAUCAGGCGAUUUUUUAUUUAUUUUUUUUUUUUGGCGGGGGAAAAAAAAUCGCCUGAUCGCAGGUUAGUUUCAAUGUUACAACAGAACGGAGAAAACGCUUUCGUAAUGGUGAGUCAAAAUUGAAAUAGAGAGUUUUAAGCUCCACUCUGUGUAUGUGUGUGUAUGUGUGUUUUGUUUAUAUAUACCGAUUUUUAGCGCUAAACAAGAAGACAUGUGUUGCCAGGCGAUCGCACCUCUUAUUCCUAUUUUUAUAAAUAGACUUUCCACUCAUUAGGAACAAGAACGGAGCGGAGUUGAUUUAAGAACCAAAAGAGUUAGGGUUUACUUUAGAACCACCUGUUGUUUUCUAUAGAAUUUUCAUACCCUGUGCAAUACUUUCUACAGAGUCAAGUAAACAAAAAAUGACAUUUUUGCUUGAUAGGCAGUUUUUCGCUUCGCUGAGCUUCGACCUCGUUUUCAUGUUUUGCCUGAAAAAUGAGAACGAUUUCGCAUUCGCUUAGCCUCCUUUUCCCUUCUUUUGAAGAAAAGAUUUUUCAGUUAACCUCCGUGUCUUGGUUUUGUUUAUAACCGAUUUUUAGUGAAAAUAAUUUAAUGAUUAAAGAUUUUUUAUUUAGUAUAAUCUGCAAAGAUAACACGUUCAAAAUUUGCCCGCUUUUAUUUUGAACACAACAGUUUCUACAAUAUCCAAUCAGAAGACUAUAGCAAACAAUAUCUAAUCAGAAGACUGUAGCAAAUGGCUAAUUAUAUAAAAAUCACUUUUCUGUUUAUAGAUUAUGAUCUUAACAUUUUUUGAUGACGUCAACUCUAGGAAAUUCUGACGUCACUUGCUCCUUGCCAGCUACAAAUAAACUAUGACAUCAUCCUAUCUAUAUGAUAUGCAUGACGUCAGCCAGCUAAAAAUAAACUAUGACAUCAUCCUAUCUUAAUCUAAUGCAUGACGUCAUCCACGUUAAUUUAUACCGCACAAAAAGUUAAUUAAAUCCGCAAAGAACCGGAGUAACCGGUCCCUCCUCCACUACUAUAGAGAGAUCAGAAAAGAGUGUCACCAAAGAUUCUGGCUAGUUUGGAAGAGUGAGCAUAAUGCCACCAAAAGAGUAAACGCAUGCAAUUAACACCCUUGAUGUUCCUGUGGCGUGGGCCUCAUAACUUCAACAUUGAAACAGUUUGUCACCUACUUGACAACCAAGGAAAGGCUUACCACAAAACAAAGCGGCAACAAAAAAUGUUUCUCUACUGAGACGUCUUUAAUUCACACAACUGAUGCACUUCUCAAAGGAAUUGAUGAUAAGAAAUUGACUGCCUGAGUGCUUUUAGAUAUGAGUAAAGCCUUCGACAGCGUUGAACACCAAAUAUUGUUACGUAAAAUACAAAGCGUCGGUUUAACAGCUACCUUUCAAAUAGAUAUCAAGUUGUACGAAUUCAUAGUUCCGUUUCUGAUCCUCUUCCAGUUGAAUGUGGCGUUCCUCAAGGCAGUAUUCUAGGUCCCCUAACUUAAGUUUAAAACAUGGUAAUUAGUGAUUAGCUAACAUUGUCAUUAGUAUUAGAUUAAGUGUUGUGAUUAUUUAUAAUAAAUAAUGUAAUAUAAUCAUUGUUCCUGGAAAGCCCCUUUAGGGAGGUAACAAUCAAGUAUCUAUGUAUGUAACAUUACUUUCGCUUGAACACCCUCAACAGAGAGCACUUAAUAUUUCUUUAGUCUAAGCUUAAGACGCCACUCGAACUGACAUAAGCAGGGCAAAAGUUUCCCUUUCAUGCCAAAAAUUUGAACAUUGAUUCAACCAAUUUUAACCUACAGUAGUUUGGGUUGCUUUGGUGAUAUCCGAUUUUAAGUUGAGGGAUGGCUCCGGAAUUGGAAAAACAUUAAAGUUUCUGUAAACACUAUUCAGAAGUACUUAACAAGUCAUCCAAGCCGUAACUGCCCCUUCUUGACUUAAUUGUCAAUCAGGAUUGUCAUCCGCGUAACAGUGAACGCUUGUUAGAUGUGCAUUUGCGAUCUCAAACAGCUACUGGGGAAAGUAACGAAAAGUAGGUGCCCAAGCCAGGAACCUUAAUUGAGGAACACCGAGCCGAAAAGGAAUACUAUCAGAGAGAGUGCCUUUGACGUAGACACCUUGGCUCUUAUUCAAGCAUGCUUAACGUUUUCCGAUACUUGGGAUCUUGGUUGAAAAAUCACGAUCAAAACACUGUGAUCGACGGUUGAGUGCUUAAAUCUAUAAGAAAUAGAAACUACCGAUACUGUUAGUGAUGUAUAUGUACUGCAGGUGAAUCGAAAGAGAUAAACCACAGCCACUGGACGAAGUUUUGCUUACUGCUUUCUUGCAUUGUUUUUUUUUUUACUGUGACCCCACUGUAAUCCAUGCAAGAAGAAAUUUUACCAAAGUAACUUAUGCCGCGUUUAGACUUGAACGGUUUACUGAGGUACGAGAGUUUACUUACCCAGGUAAACAUUUUCCGUGUGUAAACGCUAACUAAUACUUCGGUAAAUGCCGCAAAAGACAAAAGAAAUUUAACCAAGGUAAAAGUUGUAACUACCCUGUGAUCAGGCAUGGUUACAGUUGGUAACCAAGGUCAAGAUGACAGAUAUAUCCGCUUGUGGCGGUGUAAUAUGUCACAUCCCGCGGUGAGCAGAUCGUGCGAUUGUCACGUUUCUAUCAUGGCAGAUAACAGAGAAGUCAGGGAACGAUUGGAUCGAUCUUCGUACGGCGAACAAUCCGUCAGGUAAAAGAAGGCAUUGUAUUUUUCAUUUUCAGUAUUAUUUACGGCCAUGCCCACACACGUCUAGCUCGUCUGGUAUUUUUUAAAGCAAUUUGGAGUAAAACCAUCCGUUUUCGUCUCGACCUCUUGAGGUGUUGUAACAUCAACAUCUUACGAAAUCUUGACGUUUCUGUUUGCGGCUCUUGAAUUAAGAAUUAAAAGCAAUGGCCACGAAAGCCACCACUUUACUUCUUGAAGCGAGCAUGGUUUUAGAAUUUCCCGCCAGUUCGAUUUCAUGACGUAGAUAAUGCAGAUAGCGGGAGUGUUGACAGAUCAAGUUGAGUUAUUUGAGCUAGUGUAAACACUGGACGAAUGUACCAAGGUUAAGUAACUUGACCUUAUUAAAUUUUUACCUUGGUAAAAGCUCAAAUGUAAACACGACAUCAGCAAAUUUCUGCAAUGUCACCUUGCGAAACAGGAAACGCAAAUAAUGUGCAAAAAUACAUAAAUGUUGAAGUGCAUGGGGAAAACAACUAACAAUGUGCUACCUCGAUCAUAGACUCUACAAAUCGGAGAACCGACAUUGCAGGCAAGAAGAACUUUUUAGAUAGCAUUAAGCACUCGGAAUGCAUUAUGACAGUGCCGUACUUUUGUUUGCAAGAAAUAAAGUGAAGAUUUCCCAUCCUCUCGGGAGCAAGACGUUUGGAAGUUUCUAAGGGGCAAAAAUCCAUAGCAAUGAAAAUUCUUCAAGGCUCUGAAAUAGAUUAAACAUGACUUUAAAGGCCACAAAACGUAAGAUUUUCCCUCUGGGUUAUAAAGAAAUAUGGUAGAUGAUAGUAUCAUUGGGACACUUAGAACAGCGAUGUACGUAUAAGCGCUAUAUAAAUUCCAUUAUUAUUCUAUUAUUAUUUGACUGUGGGACUGGCAAGGAAUUCAGGACGUUCUGAUCGGUUCUGUGGCACUUGAUGAUGAACAGGAUCUUAUACUCUGCAUAGGUAUAUUACCCCAUGUGGACGCGUCCUGGGUUGUCUGUUACUGUUUUUAAUUCCAGAAUCAAGUUCUGAUUUUUCAAUGUAUGGUUCGCCGUUCUGUGGUUAUUGAUGCCAAUUCUGAAGUUUUUUGAAAGAUAAGCGGCCUCCUCAUUGCUUUCAGAGUGAGAGAUACGCAUUAAAAAGCAACAGUUCCUGCUUAAACGAUAAGAAAGAAUAAAUGCAUUGCAAGAAAUUCUGGUCACUGUGACAGGAACAUCAACCGCAACUCGAAUCCUUAACCGAUGUAAAGAGCCCGAAGUCCUGCAUUCAACACAUCCUUGGCAAUAACCAAGCUUGUGUAGCAUCAUGGAAGAAUAUCUGACGGAGGAUGAGGGUGGAUUGGAUAGUGCCUGCUUCGCAAGCCGAACGGAUAGGAAAUGGGGUGAAGGAUAAAUUCCCCCUAAAAGUACAGUUUACGUCUUGGAUUGUCCGUUAGGUACUCAUUGAGUCUCAGCCCUAGAAAUGGCAUACGAUUACUGGCAAGUGGGCAUGGGCCCGACAACCAAACAGCGCAGUAUUUGGCACAAACAGUGAACUGUGCCAAUGAGACCGCAUAACAUUUGACUCACAAUGGCUUACCAGGAACAUUCGAACGAUUAAUUUCUUGGAUUUUUAGGAGUUAUUGGACAGGAUUUUUGGGGGGCCAUUUGGAUCCACCUAUAAGAACCUAGUGAUUUAAGAACCCAUAGACUGAAAUUUGGCCCUUAAAUACCCAGAAAUAUAAGAUCCUGCUCAACCUGGCAAAGAAAAAUAAAGAAAAAUCCCUCCAAUUAGAAUUCUGGAUUUCAAUUUUUGAGAAACCUCUAACAAAACGUUAUUGUGUAAGCUUAUAUGUUUUCUUUAUUCUCAUUGCAAGCAUUUUUGUUGUUGAAAAUACAAGUGCUUAACCAUAAUGUAUUGGUAGUACAAUACUUGUGUCAAGGUGGUACUACGAGAACAUGUUAAAAACCUAAUCAACAUGGGCGGAUUUAGCGAUGGGCCUCGGUGCCUCGGCUCCCCCUUUUCCUCUGAAAUUUUGUAUUGUUUUCAUAGAAUUCCGUCUCUGAAAAAUGAAAAGUAUCUAGAAUAGAGCUGUUUAGUGGGCCAGCCACCCCUUUCUGAAUUUUCUGGAUCUGCCCCGGAUCAGCCUAAAUUGUGAAAAGCUACCCUUAAAUAUAUGAACGUGUCCAGCCUGACUUCGAAAAUUCUAGGUUCUUAUAUGUGGGUCCUUACCAUAAUUAUGUUAUCGCGUGCAGUCCGAGGAUUUGCAAAUUCAUGUGGCAUGGCCACUUCAAAAUGUAAGACAGACUACCAUUUGAAUAACAUCACAGCCGAGGAAAUAUCUUCCGCUGAAGCAAAUGAAACUAAUCUUAUGAGAUCUUAACUUAGGACCAGUUUACUUAUAAGAACCACUUAAGGAAAAUACAGGUAAAAAUAAUGAAGUUGUAAAAUUUUGUUUAAAAGAAGAGCCAAGCCACAACUGAAUUAAUUAAGAAUUUUGACGAUGGAGAAGGUUUUUAUGGCUUUCAUGAUUUAACAUUUACAUUCUCAUUUAAAUAGUUAAUGAGAUGUUUCAUUAUACACGUCAUCCAUGGAUACAGCACAAGAUAUGCAACUUACCGGAAUCUCUAUUAGUCUUGCGUAGGAACUAAUGUAGAAAAACAAUCAAUCUCUUUAACCGCUAUAGGUAAUAAAUGAAAAGAUAGACUCGAAUCAUUUCUAAUUUUCACAUUACUGAGACAUUAUCUGCUGUCUGAACAACAGAAGUAAACCAAUUUGUACGCCACUCAAUGGUUUGUUCGUUACUUAACAGUUAAUUGAGCUUCCUAGCCCAAACAUUCACUUGUUUAAAGACUUUAAAAGUUCUAGGUUUGCACUUAUGUAAACUACGAAAAGUUUAAUGGAAUAAUCGUUCCUGCGAAAAAAUUCAAUCUAUGAUGAAGCGUCUGUAUGGCCUGUAUCUGUAUGUUUUUAUUGCUAAAGCUCUUUUUGACUUGUUUUUCGAUUUCCGACUUUCGUUCCUUUAGAGAAAACUAAAAAAAAUUUUGAAGCAAUCGGCGUAUACGUAAAAUAAAUCUUCACGUGUUCCUCAGUCACAGUUAUAGUCUUUAAAACGCUUAGGCACACGGCUACGCCUGAGUCUCAGAGAAUCAGAUGACGCAAGUGUUCCUGUUUCUCCUCUCGACUUUCAACCUCUGAUCCAGCUUCCAAUGAUGCCUGCUUAUGCUGAUUGGUCCCUGACUCUAAAUCAGUAGAGAUCUAUCUUCCUCAUAUUUCUUCAAACGAGUAACAUUCCGUUUAUAAAGCACACCAGCAGGAGACUUCAUUUCAACAUGACCACCGCGCUUCUCAACAACUUCAUACGGCGUAGCUUCAAAUGCAGGGGAAAGUUUAUCUGACUUGGGCUUCUGAAGAAGCAUUUUGUCUCCUUGCCUAAUGUGCGUUUGCUGGGCAUGCCUUCGAUUGCCUGCAUAAUCUUUUUCUUUCUGUUUCCUCUCAUUGUCUCUGUCUAGAAAUUCAGUGUCUUUACUAGCUGGGCAAAAAUCUUCUACACCAGGUAGUUUUGACCGGAUCUCAGGCCCAAAUAGCAGUUUUGUAGGACUCUCCCCUGUGGUCGUGUGGGGUGUGCUCCUGUAACAAGGCAAAAAUUUCGGCAGUUUCUUUCGCCAAUCAAGUCCUUCAACAUGCGCAAUGCACAUUGCUUUCAAUAAACCACGAUUCUGUCUCUCGAAUUCACCGUUUGCUUGCGACCAUAAUGGUGUUGAUGUUCUGUGUUCAAUGUUAUUAUCCUUGAGGUAAGUCUCAAAUUCCUCUGAUACAAAUUGCCGCCCAUAAUCAGUCUUUAAGGAAAGAGGGAGUCCAUGGGUAGCAAACACGUUUUCCAAAAACAGCUAGUCAUUUUACUCGCUGUCACUGACAUGGUCACUGUCACUUCGAAAAAACGACUAAAAUAGUCCACUACUACUACUACUAACAGAUAGUCACCGGUUAGAAGCGGUCCUAACAAAUCAGCUGCCAAGUCUUGCCAAGGCAAGGUAUUUCAGUCCUUUUCAUUGGCUCUGGUGGUAGCGACUUGCUGACACGUUCUGCAUCGCUGCUCAACUUGGCGGUCUAUGCCAGGCCACCGCACUAUUAUAUAGUUCGAAGUCUCUGUUUUUGUCUUUACUAUCCCUCGAUGUCCUUCGUGGGCGAGGUCUGAUACUUGCUUCCGGUGUUUUCUUGGAGUAACCAGCCUUGCACCCCUUAAUACCAGCUUUCCUAGCACUGUCAACUCAUUCCUUAUGGCCUUGUAGUCUGCUUCACGGAUAGUUCUACCAGUUAUUUGUGUGAAAGCAUUUCCGCAAUCUUGUGAUUUCCUUGUCUUCAGCUGGCACUUCUUCAAUUUCUUGAAUGAUGCGGCUCUAGGGGCUACAUUUUCUGCAAUAUAUCUAAUUAACCUGAGAUCAGGCCCAGUUUUAGCGGUUCUCAUACAUUCUCUCUGAAGGCUACCGCUAAAAUUGGGCCUGAUACAAAGUCUCUCACUUUUGUGCUCGUUACGGCCAGAUUUUAGCCGUAACGCUGAUUGGCUGUUAGAACAAUGCCACAAGAUCUGAUUGGCUGUCGGAAACGCCGGAAGUUGAAAGCGCUUAUUCCUCGCGUGGUUGUUGUCGUGAAUGAUCCGUCGUUGGCGGAGAGAAGGAUCGAUUUUAAUUUGCUGUCUUUCUUAUUAUUUUAUGGUCUUAUGGUAGGAAAAUAUGCCUUAAUAUGUGCCAAGGGAAUUCAGAAAAUUCAUAUGGUUGUUCAUAUCUUCUCAGGAUUUGCUUUAUUUACGGAACUAAUGUCAGUGUAUCGCGGAGUUGAAUCCCUCUGCAAGUUAUUUUGAUUUACCAACAAACGAGUGCAAAUCAAAAUACUGUCCAUCUUUAAACUGGUUUCAUUUGAAAGUUUAGCCGGGAAUGACUUCUCUGAACGGGGUACGCAAUCGGAGGCUCACUGCGAAAGAAACCUCAAUCGCCAAUUGUGAAGUAUUAGACCAAAAAUAUCGAAUGUCUAUUCAAGGAAUUUUCAGUGUAGGCAUUAUUAUAAAAGCUGGGCGCUUAAGGUAACAGACUGUUUUUUUUCCUUCGCUUUUUCUAAAAAACAAACCAGGAAAACUGGUGUCCUCGCUCGUUGGCUGUUUGGUUUUGUUUUUAAAGAUUUAUGUACUGAAAAUAGGCUAAAAUUGCCGAGGAAAAUAUUAAGGCAACAGAAAAAUAGAAAUUUCCGUAUUUCAAAUUCGUGCACGCCUAGCCAAAAUAAAACUAGUAGAACAUCGUGUCGCCGUCUUUUCGAAAACUUUUUACCUUCUACUCCAACAGGAAUAACUUUCGAGAUCUCCCUUAAUCUCACAAGAAGUUAAAUGUGACUGUGCUGACUGUUUUAUUUUUAGCUGAAAAAAUUUAACGAAUAAAAGCCAGUCUGCUUUUUUCCCACGCGUGAAAAAUUUGUAUACUAGAAAAACAAGCAACGGAAGUAAUUUUGGUUGGCUGAUUCGGCAAAUAUCAAUCAAUCAAAAAAGUGGGCGGCAGACGUUUCGUAGAAGGUUUGUAUCAGGCUCUCUUUUCGUUUCUCCUUGCCUGCCGGAAUGUAUUUUUCAAAGCGAAACGAAAAUAGAGCCUGAUCUCAGGUUAAUAUCUAAUGUACUCUUCUGCCACAUUGUCAUCUUUAACUGGAGGAUUCUGAGUCAAACGUGACAAGGCAUCAGCUUCAUUCUGUGGCCCUGGUCUAUAUUUACGAGUAAACUAAUAUGGCUGGAGUCUUAAAACCCAACGUUUAAUUCUUGCAGACGAAUGGGGAUUUACUUGAAUAGAUCACCUCAAGUGGUUUGUGAUCAGUCUUAAGUUGAAAAUGUUUUCCAUAAAGGUAUACAUGAAACCGUUCACAGGCCCACACUAAGGCUAAUACUUCUUUUUCUGUUUGGGAAUAUCUUCUCUCGGCUGCUGUUAAACUUCGACUUGCAUAAUAGACUGGUCUGUAGACACCAUCAUGUUCCACUGGAAUUGCAACAGCAAUUACUCUCAUUUUUGCAUCCUUGUUAUCCUUGUUUCCGCACUCGCCAAAGCUCUCUUCAAUGCAUCAAACGCUUCGCUUACCGGACGUUUCGUACCCACGGACGUUUCGUACCCAGACGAUUCGUACCCAAAGUUGAGAUGAUUCGUACCCAACGCUAAGAUGAUUCGUACCCAAAGCUUAGAUGCUUCGUACCCAAAGCUUAGGUGAUUCGUACCCAUGCAAUAACCAAGUCUUCAUGUUGUAAACAGUGUGUUUUCAUAGUUUAAGUUAAAGCUUUCACUAAUCUGAAGUCUCACCUCCUCUAGUAUCGGCGCCGCUCACGCGUCACGAGUCUACACAAAGAAAGUGAGCGGUGGUUAAUUUCAUCUAACUCGUGUGAGAGCGAACGAGUUAACAAAAUAGAUCGCGUGAAAGCGCAUGAACUAACAAAAGUUUAUGAUUCGACAAGUUCAGACAUCGACAUAUAAAUUGGACCCAGCCGUGAAAAGUGGGAACAAGCUAAUUUCGUGUAAGUACCAUUUCCUUUUGAGUUGUAUGUUAAUGAAGAGUCUCACCUCCUUUAGUAUCUGCGCCGCUCAUGCGUCACGAGUCUACGCAAAUGAAAGUGAGCGGUGGUUAUAAUUUGAUCUAACUCGCGCGUAGGUAACGAGUCGUUCUGAUUUAUAUAAAUGUUUAUUUUAGAUUGUUUUGAGAGAGAUAUGAUUAAAAAUGUGUUACUAUCAAAACGGCAGUUGGUUACGAAUCAACUAAGCUUUGGGUACGAAUCAUCUUAGCGUUGGGUACGAAUCAUCUCAACUUUGGGUACGAAUCGUCUGGGUACGAAACGUCCGUGGGUACGAAACGUCCGGAUUCCAACGCUUCCUGUUGCUCUUUUUCCCACUUAAAUGUAACAUCUGAUCUAUUUAAACGACGGAGUACUUCAGCAAUGGUUGCCAAAUUCGGGAUAAACUUGCACUAAAAUUGACUACUUGACUAGGCCCAUAAAACUUCCAACUUCUGCUGUCGCUCUGGCAACUUCUCAAGCCUCUCAGCCUGCUCUUCAAUAUCUUUAGCAUGAAGAAUGAUGUCAUCAGAUAAUAUUACGUCCACCCUCACAACCAUGAAGAGCUUGCUGUAGUGCAUGUUGGUAUAUCUCAGGAGUGAAUGUUAUACCAAACAUCAGUCUCUUAUAACGGUAGAGACUAGUGUGUGUUGUAAAGGUUGUUAUUCCUCGAGAAUCCCCACUCUGUUUUAGCUGAUGAUAACCCCAUUUAAGGUCUAAUUCUGUGGCUGUCUUUCUGCCCAAUAUUGGUCUGCCAACUUUACAAAUGACAAUAAAUUCGGCCGUUAUUUCUUUUCCAGCUACAUUCUCAACUGCCUCAAAUUUUUCCAGGGUUUCAAGAGGUUUUGACAAGCCAUAUGGGUACUAACAGUUUCUGUGUUGACUUCUCUGACUUGCAUUUAAUACUGUUACUCUUUAACUCUUCCCAUGUUUUCUGAUCCACAAUAUUACAAGAAGAACCCGAGUCAAGGACCACAUUUCUCACAACCACACCACCAAGUAGCAGGUCAACAGUCUCUGAACCAUUCUCUGCUUCCAAUUUCUUGACAUUCACUACAAAAGCAUACUCAUCCUCCUCACUUUCCGUACUAUGUUCCAUAUAGUUAAUCCACGACGUUUUUUUCUCCUUUGAAUUACUUUUCUGCUCUUAUUUCGUCUCCGCCCUCAAUUUGCUUUGCUUGUGCCUAUGAAAGUUCCAGGGAUCGUGCAAUCCUUCGUGUUUCAGCCAGAUUUAAAUAUUGGCCUUUUGCCAGGAGUUUUCGCCGAAGCUUCGUAGACUUUCAUUGAUCGAUAAUUUGAUCCCGUGUUCGCUCAUUCUUCGAAUCUCCAAACUCACAAUUCACAGCCGGAUUGCCGAGCCGUACUACGAAUUGAUCGGCAGUCUCGUUUUCCUCCGGUUUCAUCUGGCGAAAGGUGUGAUGCUCGUACGGUAUGUUUACCUGUGGUGUGAAAUAUGCAUCAAAUGUUCGCAGCGCAGCUUGGAACUCGUUGUCAUGUUUGCCUUUGGGUGCACCAGGAUGGAUCAGAGUUUCAAACACUUCUUCAACAUGCAUGCCCACACAUUGCAAUAGUAACGCCUUCUUACGAACAGCUCCCGGGACUCCUCGAUCAUCGGCGUAAAAUUGAAAAACUUUCUUCCAACGUCGCCAUCGUGUUCCAACGCUCGUGCUCUCUACUUUGCAAUUAAACGGUGGUGUUCCACGAAGAUCAUCGUCUGUCGCCAUAACUAUCGCGCAAAUUUGUUUAGCUUUCUUAGCAGACCAUUUCUAUCCUUGUUGCCAAUUAGCCAUUUCGGAGUUGUGUAGGGAACUGAGGCGAGUUUCAAAUUUGAACUAAUCGACAAACUGACACCAUCAUAUAAAAGGUCAUGUUGAGAUUGAUCAUUUGACCAAGUUUGGUGCUCUAAGGUUGAACAGGGAUUAAGUUAUGACUCUUGAAACAUGGUUAAAGAUCCAUACAAAGGUCUAUAAUUUUGUGACAGCGUCCCCCAAAACCAUAUAAACUCUUAAAAAUUUUUCAGUUUUUCUUUUAAACUGUAAAAUUCGUCAUGCAUCUACUACUUGGAAGGAAAUAAUUCGAAAAUCACUGUGUUUGCUAGCCUGAAUUUCAUCCGAUUACUUCGAGUCGUUAUUACUCGACCCUCAGUAACGUCUGAAUCGACCGGCCGUUAAUGCCGUCCAGUGACGUCACUACUCCUUGACCUUUGCUUUAAUUCAUGCAAAAAGUAAAACACGAUUUUCAAGUGGCAAACCGAGAAAUAUCGUUUGGAAAUGUCUGCAUGAUACAGAACUGCUUUAUUUUUUUCGAUUGCAAUUCAUGUUUAACGUUCAAACUAUCAACCGCAUGCAGUACAACUCUGAAGCGGUUGUACUAAAUUCUAUAAUCAAACUCAGUCGCAAUCACGCAAUGAAAUAAACACACUGACGGAACACUUAGUUCAAAAACACAAUGAUUUGCUUUAGCUUUAGUUGAAAGGAAGCUAUUUGGUCUUUAACGAAGAAAAAAAAACAAGGAGACGAGAAAGAAAAGCUAACAGAAUCAUUACACUUGACGGUAAAAAUAGCAAGAAGGUCGAAUUAUAACAUUGAUCUCAGAAAACUUCGCGUCAACAAAAUCACCGGCCGCCGAAACCACAAUCCGGCUCUAAAUGAAAAACCUACCGACUCUCCGCAAUGAUUCUUCAUUCGCACUUCAAUUUAGCAUUUCAGUUUCGAAGACAAGGGCAAUUUUGCUGUUUAAGAUAAAGUUUAAGCUUAUCGAAAUGUUUGAACUAAACGAAGCAAUGCCAGGGAUGCGAUCCGCUGAAUAUCAAGCGACAAUCCCGCUAAAAUUUUUCAUAAUUAUAUGAGUUUAUUUGGAACCAAAUAAAAAUUUUUAUGUCUCCCCUUCCAAUUUCUUCAAUGCAUGGAUUUUGGGGGGUGGGGUCGAUUGCGGCUUCAAAGGCUUAGAGGCUCUCGAAUGUGAACUUUGAAUUAUCUUACAAUGGUUUACGAUCGCAUGAGAAUCACAAGACCAAAAGUAAAAUUACUUUUGGGUAAUAAUCACGAGCUCCUAUCGUAAGGCCACUCAAAGUAAAUCUACUUAGCCUCGAUCUCAUUAUCUCGCGGAGACCCUUUAUAAGAGGGUGUAACCUUUUGUUAAUCCUCUCGGUCUGAAAGCUGACAUCAAGCCGAAUCUUCGAUAGCUGACCCGCUUAUCCUUUGAACAAGCAAUCGACCCGCCUCCGCCCCAAUCUUCCACCUUUUUUACUUGCUUUAGGUAUUUCUUGUAGUUUAGUUGCCUUUUUCUUCUGGCCCUCACCUUUGCUAGACCUAUAAAUUCGUAAACAUUAUUUCAUAUUUUAACAUUGAUAAGAUGAUUUUGCAGAUUUGAAUAAAACCGGCCAUUAACUUGGCCAUGUUUUUAAUCCCAGACCAUAGUCUCGGUUUUCUUUGUUUCCUAAGUUAGGCGUCUAGCAAACAAAGCUCGGCUGUUGGCAGUAAAGGGGGGUUUAUUGUUAGUGUUUCAGUAAACCGGGGAGGAGACAUAAACAUAAUUAUUGCGAAUGUUUAGACAAUCAACCAAUCAAAAUCACUACCCGGUUUUGCGCGGGUAGUGAAUGACGUCACUGGACGGCAUUAACGGCCGGUCGAUUCAGACGUUGUUGCGAGGAGAAAACGACUCGAAGCAAUCGGAUGAAUUUCAGGCUAUGUGUUUGCCCAUUUUUAGGAAUAUCACAGAAAUAUAACUUGAUCCCUGUUCAACCUUAGAGCACCAAACUUGGUCAAAUGACCAAUCUCAACAUGACCUUUUAUAUGAUGGUGUCAGUUUAUCGAUUAGUUGAAAUUUGAAACUCGCCCCAGUUCCCUAAGCAACUCCGAAAUGGCCUAUUUUAAUAACCGGAUUUUACUUUUGAAACAACGGAUCGAACCAAACAUGAACUCAACAAAUUUAAUCUUAUUCUAUGUUCACCUUACCCAUAGUACACUGGGGUCUAUAUUGAACUUACGUCACAAACACUUCAAUAUCAAUAUUGCAUUGCAGAGUAAACAUACAGACAUUAUGCUUUAAUUUCAGUUUUCUUCAUGGGAACAGAUUAUCGAAAGUUUCACCAGGCAUUUUUGAUCCGUUGAUGAAAUGCACGUUUUUGUAAGUUAAUUAAAAAUACACGUGUCUGUAAACUGAACCUUGUAUACCUAUGGCGAAACAUUGGUGAUACAUUUUAUUUUUGCUUCUCAUUAUCAAAUUUUGAUUAAUUACAAAAAAAUCACCUACUUGAAGGAAAGACCCCGAAAGAGCAGAGAAAGAGUAUUACAACAUAAACCUAUUUAGACACAUCCAAUCCUAUAAUAAAUGUUGAAAUAUAUGUUGAAACAAUAACAUUAUAAACAUUUAGUAUAUGCUAAAACAGUGGAUAGUGUUUUUCCAACGCUCUGAUUGGCUACUCAGUCAGUGAAUAUCCAAUGCUAUUCACCUCCACUUCCUCCGAGCGAGCGACGCCAAACUCGCGUGUUAAAAAGUUACGAGCAAAAUGGCUUCUCGGUCUUCUGCACAGGCAGCCCCAAAAAAGUGGGAGUUCGUUGGACUUUGAAUUUUUAAGAGAAUGUACGAAAAUAAACAAAAUACGUCCUAAAUUCUAUUAUUCGACAAAAAUACAGAUAAAAAUGACUUACCUUGUGUUUGUGUUUUGUUAUUACUGUCUCUUCGCCUCUAGAGCCAUUUGGAAGCCCUUUUAUCGACGUUUAAUAUUUUGAGUUGUACUAACAGUAAGAAAAAUGGGAAGGCUGGGGACUCAGAAGCUGACCGUUCCAGCUCGAAGCUCCAAACUCGCCAAAAUUGCCGUCAAAGGAUCUGUCGAUAAUUUGUCUUUCCCUUCUAUGCUUCUGGAGUCUCAGAUUUCAUCAUAACCGCUAGCGAAGCGCUUAAUUUUAACCUUUUUUCAUCAGAGUUUUCUUUCUCGGGAUGCGUAUGACCGGGCUUUUGGACGUGAAGUAAUUAACGGUCGCUCCCAGCUUACGUCACAGCGACAAUCUGCCUUCGUCCGGGGGGGGGGGGGCACAGUCCAUCGCGAGUUUCAUCGCGAGGAGCACGGUGGGAGGGUUCCUGGGUCCAUUUGACCAGGGCGUAAGAAGCUAGGGCGUUGAAACGAGUGGGGUCGAGCGAUCUAGCUGUGAUGCAAGGGUCUGGGUACAACCAAAGAGAAAACAAGAUGGCGGACAUUAUGCUGGACCGUCGGAGAGAUUAUCUAGCGAACGUUAGCCAUUAUCCCGUGGCAUUCAUUUACUGCGAGCAAUAGCGAAAGAACAAAUUAUUUUUUUCUCACGUUCGUUUUCUGUUCUGUUCAAUUUUUUCGCCCACGAACAAAUAUCUGUAUUGAAUAUAGUUCCACUUCCGUGACCUGUAUUCAAAUUUCGUGAGUUAGUAAGAAAAUGGCAUCACAACUCAGAUGAUAGCACUGACAUCAUUUUUAGACUAAUUAUAUAAUAUUAUCGGUUCUCUACUUCAGUUUAAUAGCAAGUUGUGUAAUUCAUCAUCUGCUAAGGCAUUUAUUUUUUGCUGACCAGUUUCAAGGCCAGAUGAUCUGUUUUCACUAUUAAAGCUUGGAUUUGUUGCUGUACAUCAGUAUUCUUCUCUAAACACCUUAUUGAGCUAUCUCCAAUAUUGAGCAUUACAGUUGGACAGAUUGUGAAGACUAAAGUCCUAGUAGAUUUAAAAUAUAAUAAAAUCAUCAUUAUUUUUUACCUUGUACACUAAUGCUACUUUGCAAUGAAGAAUAAGUAAGAAGUAAUAUAAUGACAGUAGUAACAGUAAGAAGUAGUAUAAGUAAGUAUGAAGUAGUAUAAUAACAGCUUUUUGUAAUGAAAUGGUCACUGAAAACUACCCAUGCAAGACAUACUAAGGAACUUAAAAGAAACUAAACAUUCACAAGUCUUACAUUGAAACCAGCCAUUGCUAUAUAUAUAUACAUAUAUCUUACAGAAACAACAUAAAACAUUUAUAUAACAUAGAAAUUCAAAAGUAUAUUGCAAACAAGCAAAUUAUACAGAAUUAUGCACAAAUGAAAUACAAAUGGCCUGUAACAGCUAUUAAACCAUUGAAAAAGUGUGACCAGCAACCCUAGCACACUUGUAUACUUCAUGUCCAGUAUGAUUCAAUUUCAUUCUUGGUUAAAUUUAUUAACUGCAGCCAGGCUUAAUCAAACUUGAUUCAAAAAAUACUUUCCUGUUUCCUUGUCUACAAUAUAUAAUAUUAAGAGAGAGGACAUAAUGCUAGAAAUAUUAUACAGUAGUACAAUCAAAAGAUAAGGCACCUCCAGGAAAUCAAGUUGGUCCCUACUAUUCUUCAGUCAUUUUCUUUUACUCUCUAUAAGAGUUACACCUGUCCACUAAUACAGACAUUUUGUGCCAGUCCCAGUAGUUUCCAUCUGAAAGCUGACUGUAGUUUGUGCAACACCACACAUAAGCCUCUGACGACAAAAAUACAAUGUUACACAGCAGUCUUAAAUUAUUCUACUUGAAAUCAAAUUAAGACCUCUUCAUGUCCUUCUUCAUAUUCACGGUAUUAUGAACUCGUUUAUCUGUCAGUGUGUGUUCUAUUAGUCUUUUCAGGCCGGGUACUCACUGUUGUCCUGCAAAAAAUCAUUAUAAAACCAUUACAGAUUUUUUUGUAGCCGUUUAUCAUCAUUUGGUUUUGAUUGGCUAGAUAAAACGCGACCUUCAACCUGUAAUAUUCGCCAGUACCGACGGCCAUGUCGCAGGUGCAUCGGCGGCAUAUGGGAACCAGGCUUAAAUCCGAAACUACCUCUGGCUAGAGAACGCUAUUUUUCUUGCCCUAACAGCGGAUCGAGAGCGGAAAGGCCAACUAGUUCCAGUUCUACUCCGCAUCACAGCUGAACCAGAGAGCGCGUAUGAGCGUUUCAACGCCCUGGCUUCUUACGCCCUGCAUUUGACCGUGACAAAGCGCGCCAAAACAUCACGCGAGCGCCUGGCUGUUUACACUCAACCGAGCGACCAAGAAGUCUCCUUCGCCUUCUUUUUGGUUUUCGCUGCUUUUUAAUUGAACCCUUUCGCUUUCAAUCUAAACCUUUUAGAGUCUUUAUAGCAAAACAGUUCUGUUAAGAACUACCUAUUUCCUUUCGUUUCAUUUUAUUGCUAACAAUUUUUGUCGAAAAAUGGAAUUUAGGACGUAUUUUGUUUAUUUUCAUACGUUCUCUUAAAAAUUCAAAGUCCAACCAACUCCCACAGAGUUUGGGCUGCCUGUGAGUAAAUGAGUUAAACUACCACCUCCACUGAGGUGGAUAAUUGUUAUUUAUUUACCCUUUCAGCUCUAGAAUGCAAUUCUGAUCGUUAAGAAACAUUGUUUUCAGUUGUUUUUCUUUCUUUUAUACCUUUUUUUUUGUAAGGUUUGCUUCUUUUUUAUUUGCUUUUAUAACUGCUUUGAAAACUGUAUUCCUCUUUGUUUUAAUUUAUCAGAACGCUUAAUAACAACAACAUCAGCGAGAUAGAACCACAAGCUCUCCAAGGACUGAGGACCAUAAAGACAAUGUGAGAGCCUUUUUCCAUAAAAAUAAUGUCUUUUCUCUUUGGUCAAUCAAGAAACUUAUUAACUUGUCUUUGAAACAUAUUAUUAGCCAUUAAAAUUAAAAUAUUGAAAUUAUCCACCGAAAAGAGAAUUUUAAAAAUUCUUUAUUAUAUUUCAUUAAUUCGUCAAGAUUUCUUCAAUACAAUCGUCUAUUGCGAGUGAAAAAGGACGACUUUUCAUCACUGACCAGACUAGAAACGCUGUAAGUAUUUAGUCAAAUCACGUAGCUAAAUCAUAAACUCACGAAGACUUGAACCUGCCAAUCUUUGUUUUUGUCAGCUUCUAAGCUGAUAGUUUCCUCCAUUUUGACAGUCCUCUGUCAAAACCCCAUGUGAACUCAUCUUCGUUAUUCCCUUCAUUUUUAAACUGAGGCAGUCCCGAGACUUCAUUAGGGAGCUUAAGCAACAACGACGGCGACGGCUACAAAAACGUCACUUAAAAAGUGAAUUUGCACCGCUUCAAACUUUUUCGCGCUUAUUCCAUCUCGUUUACUUCGUCGAAUGUUGGCAAAUGUUUUUGGAGUUGAAUUCUAAAGGACUGUAUGAAAGUUCAGGAAAAGAAAAGAAAGUUGUUGUCUUGUGUUCCCGUCCUCGACAAAACGUGAAUUCAGGCACUUUCACGUUGUAGUCCGACAAUGACGGCAAAGAAAUGUACAAAAAAAGCGUGAUGCACGUGCAAAGUUGUUGUUCUGCUAAUCAAACCUAUUGCUUUUUUGCCGUUCUCGUUGCCGUCCGCGUCGUCGUUGCUUAAGCUCCCUAUUAACGCGUCUUGUUUAGCCGAUGGCUAAUGGAGCAGUGUCAUUACAAUCACGUUUUUUUUAAUUUUGGUCACCGUAGAGUUUCUCCAGCAAAAGGCCCACUAUCCCCUGACCAAGGAGCCUGAAAACUAUGAUUUCAUUUCGUAUUAUUAUAUAAAAGUCAAAUGGGGUUAGAAUAAAAAUACUUUAGGCCCCAGUUGUUCAAAAGAUGGAUAGUGCUAUCCACCGGAUAAAUCACUAUCCAGCUGUUAAGUAUUUGGGAAACCAAUUGCGCUAUUCACUGGAUAAAGAUUUAUCCAUCAGAUAGCGCUUUCCACUUUUCGAACAACCGGACAAAAUUGCGGACGAAACUCUCUGAAGGCUUUGCGUGUCCUAUCCCCUCUUCAAUUUGGCCGAUUUCUUCGGGAAGGGGACGGAUCAUUUCAGGUCGUCUGGCAAACAGAUUUGGUAGUCGAUAUGAAACGAACAUUAAAAUAUUGCGUGGAGUUAUUGGCCCUAUAUCUACCACGAAUGAUUACUUAAUUACAGUAUUUGACGAGGUAGUUAACCUGCGAGGGAGCUGUAGAAAUAAUGCCCUUCUAGAGUCCUCACGGGGAAAGCUUCAACUUGUUGCAAUUCUCUGCCUGCGUGUAAAAAGUCUUUCCUUGACAGAAAGGAAUAUACUAUUUGUAGAUCACCGCGUCAAAUGGAAACAAUGGAUAUUUUGAAGGGUUUUAAAUGCAACAUGCGACAGAAAUGAAACUGAAACUUAAUUUGCCUUGCGAGUUUUUAGAAACAGAAAAUUGUUGUUAUCCAACAGUAUUUAAAACAAGCAAAGUUGACCUUUUCACGUUCUAUAAGUGUAUAACGAAAAAAUUUUUAGUUAUAUCCAGUUAGAUCAAAUUUAGUCACGUUAUACUCUCCUGCUAUAUUCUGGGGGGCAGAGUGGGGCUUGUUUCAAAAGCCAAACUAUAAAAAUUAUAAAUUUCUAUCCAAUUCCACUGGUUAGGAGUAGCUAUACACUCAAGCCGGAAAACUGUGAAUAUCAGUACUUCCUGAAAUUGGCAGCCCAAUAAACCCCCACCUUGGAGGUCUUGUUUCUCGAUAAACUGGUGUAUCUGUUCUCUUGCUUUUACAAUCGUAUUCCGACUUGAUUUGACUUGAUCGCUUUGGCCCAAAUACAGCUUUUGGUCUAGUCGCUGACAAAAGAUCAGUAAGGUUCGGAGAGCAUAAAUCUUGUUAGUCAUGCUUACAGUGAUAGAGUGUGCUUUUUCGACCAAUGUUCCCUGUUAAAAAGCCACGUGGGCCCCAUUAUUCAAGUCAAAUCCAAACGAUAUUCCGCACCCAAAGGCCACGACAUGGGCUAAGGCUACUGUGGUAGGAUCAAUCACGUCUUGGAUGUUUCAUCAAAUCUUAAAAAAAUUAUGUAAAAAUACGUUUCUUCCUAAACUGCAUCAGAUCUCGUCUGUCUGAAAUUAUGUUGUCUCUAUUCUGCGUUAUUGAACCUGCCAAGAAUAAUGCGAUAUAUAACUAAGGUAACUGGAGAGAAAAAAAAUAGGAAAGUACAAAAUAACAUAAAUAGUAACAGGGGGUUAGCGAUGCAGAAUACAUUGUUGGUGAUGUCAAAAAAAACUACUAUUGAGAUGGAGACAGGUUCAAGACAGGUCUAAAUACUAACCUAGGUUGAUAUCAAUAAACCUGUUUUUCUUGCAGUUACCUGUUUGACAACGAAAUAUCCUUCUUUGAACCAGGAUCGUUUCCACACGCACGUCUAUCACAACUGUGCGUAGGUCUUCUUUAUAUUGUCUUGCCUCUUGUAUUAGAAAGUAAAAAAAAAACCGUAUUAAAAGACAAAUAGGUAACAGUUCACGAAUUAAGCCUGUGGAUUAAUCAUACAGUAAUUCAGCUUUGUGUAAAAGAUUUAGAUGUGGGUUUUAUACGAAACCCAAGACGCUUCCUUGAAUUAUAUCUGGCCUUACUUUGUAGACAUCGAUCGACAACAUAACAUUGGUUUUCCUUACUAAACAAUGAUUUAACAGUCUGAUAGCAUAAUUUGUGCUUUCAUUAUUGUAUAAUGUUUCCGCUGUAUAGCGCCGCAAAGAUCUUGAUAAGACUCAGCAAUGGCGUGGACUCUGAAACGUCGUACUCACUCAUUCAUUCCCAGGCAAAUUAGUUGAACGUUCAUUGCGUUUCUGGUCAUAAAAGAUAGGAUUCGAAUAGGAUACCCGCAGUACUUCUUAAGGUAGUUCGAUUGGAUUUUUCAGGGCCAAUACCUAGAAAAAAAUAAAAAUGCCAGCACCCCGCCUUGUUUGCGUGAACAGAAACGGCUAAGGUCUGAGUUCAAGAGAGCCGUACAUCCCUAUCAUGCUCUUUAAUCCGUUUGUAGAGCAAUCGUUCGCAAGAAAUCUUGUAAUUAACUCCGUCUUUUUUGCAGUUAUUUUUGCAGUUUUUGCAUUCCCAUCUCAGAUGUAGAAAGCGACGGAGAGGUUUAGACCUCAUACUCCCCCCCUUGACUUCUUAUUGCACAUGCAUGUCCAUUGGUUUCAGCUGCUUUCGUUAAGGUUCUGGGACCACUUUCGGUGGAAUAAAAUUAUAAAUUACGGCCCUAUUGUCAUUGUUCGAAUGGAAAACGUUUAAGUUUGCCAUUAUUUUGUCUGCUAUAACUUUGAUUUCAUGCAAAUUACAGGAUUUUGUUCAAAAAUACCGGUCUGUCGUCAUUAACAAUCGAUGCAAAAGAAUUCCAGAGGAUCAACGUAACUCUUUACAUGUGAGUAUAUGACCUUGAGAAAUAAAAUUUGUUAUCUUAAAGUAAGUGCAAAGACAGCCUGGUGUACGUAGGGGCAUCAAACACCAUCACAAACGAAGAGCAAAUCUAAUAGCUGUUGGUCUUUGUACAGUGUAUUGUGUAUUUUUUGUAUUUUUUUUUUCCAUUCUAUAAAAAAUACACCAGUUGUACAAUAUAUUAAUACAUGUAUAUAAGGUUAGCAAAGAAAUUAAGAAUGGAGAGGGGCAGAAGGGCACAGUAUCGCUGACCGCUGACCGUGUAGAUAAACGAAUUGUAUUAUUCAUUGAAGCUGUAUUUUUCAGAAGAGGAUUUAAUAUGUGAUCAGCUGACAGCCUUGGUUUAACGAAUGUUUUAUUGUUAAUUUUCCUUUACUAGAUAUCCCGGAAAUCUACCUUCACUUGCAGCAAGAACCAACACUUAUGCUGAAGUACUUGAUAAAAAUGGAUUUCAUUGCCAAGAUAGAAACAGCGACUGGUUUUGCGAUCUUUGCCCCGUAGGAACUUACUCACGAGGCGAUGGUGUGUCUACAGGAUGCCAUCAGUGUCCAGCAGGUACAAUUAUCAUCCGAAAUUCAUAAAAUGUCUUUAUUUUUCACAUAACAGGGGCACUCAACGACUGUUUUCAGUAGACUAUCUGUUCGAAGGAGUAAAUAUUGCUCAGAAAAUUCUUUAGCAUUAGAAAAGCUAAAAAUUCUGAAUAACCGUUCCAAUUAUCUAAACUAUUUGGAGUUUUUCUGUUAACUUCCCUACGAUUUUCGGAAUUGGAUUUUCCACAUUUUAUUCCAAAGCUAAAACUUUCGAGACGGUCAAAGUUCCCCUGAAACAUCCGAACAGAUACUAGAUAAUAUAUAGGGCAGCUCCAAAUUAACAAAACAGACUUCUAAAGCAUAGACUGGAAAUCCAUUUUACACAUUUCUGACUUGUUUGGAAAGAUUCGUUCUUUGGGUGCCCCUAACAUAUAUCCUUGGUCGUCAUGUUUAAGAAACAAAACCUUCUUUAAGCCUCUUUUUAAAAUAUUUUAUUUGGCGGUAAAUUGUGAGCUUCAACAGCUAUACUUUAGUCAUGAUGCCCUCCAAAUUUUUUAAGUGAAACAAAAUUGGAUAUUAAUGUACUGCCAGUAAUAGUCGUGUAUGUUUCACUUUUAUGUAGGGUAAUCCGGAUCCCAGAAUCUGGGAAAUUUUUAUUUUUAGAAGCUGAAUUCUGGGCUUUGGAAUUUUUGAUAUAGCUCAAGGAAUCCUGAAUCCCACUAACAAUUGGAAUCAGGAAUCCAAGUUCCACUAACGAGGAAUGAGGAAUCUACAGUGUGGAAGCCCGAGUCCAAGACUAUCUUGGAUUACGUUACGUGGGGUGAUAUGUUUAUCCACUCCGUGAAAGACCAUAUGACAUAACAGUGCGAGCGUGCGUUACAAGCACUCAGUUCAUACUUUUAGCUGAUUCUUUUACCACAUUCGUUCGACUAAAAAAACAACACUUCAUUUGUUUUAGCUGAAAAGCUCCUUAAUAUUACCACCACCUUACUAUUACCAGAUUAUGAUACCUUGACGGUGGUAGUAAACUUGAUGAAAUCGCUUAUAGAACGUUUGGUGUUUCAAAACAAUGAAACAGCGGCCAUGCUGGUGUACCAAGAAAAUUCUCUAGGAGUCACUCUAUUUUCUUAUAUGAACACUUUCUUUUGUUUCAAUAAAUUAACAUAGAUGCUCGCCAUGUGAGUGAAAACGCUCUAUAAGUUGCUAUUGGGUUUUGCGGUCUUUGCGAGCCGGCUAGCAUCCCAUGUGGUCGAUCGUGUAUUCUAUUUGAUGCCUGUUCGGUCUUUCAAUAACUUUAGAAGUUGGUUCGAAGAACCUUGCGAAUGCAGCAACCGGAAAAUUUUGACCUCCUCAGAUAUCACUGGGGAAAUGUACGAACGUAAUCCACAACUUUUGGAGAAGUAGAAAAAGACUAAUAAAAUAUUGAAUGGAAAUAAGUGGGUUGUGAACCUUCCCAUGAGAAAUCAUUGUUGAGAGUGAACGAUCGAACCAUCGAAGGGUCUGAAUUACUAUGUGACUCCACCCACGCAAGUGUUAAUAUAUAACAUCGCAUUUACUGAUGUAGCAUGCAGCCUUUAUCUGAGAGUAGGUAGCUGAUAGCCUCAGAAGGGCAGGUGAGCAGAAUCACCGUGGGCUAGAGUGAAGAUGUCAGCUUAUGUAUCCUGCCUGCAAAGAAAGAGAGAUCAGCUGUCAUUACAUGUACUAGACAAGCAGGGGAUUACAUUGAAAUGGCCUAUCUAUUUGAAAACAAUACCUACUGAGGUGGCAUCCGACCACUACUAUCAAGAAUAAGUUGAUAAACACCUUGAGAUCAUGAAAGAAAGAAAAUAACAUCUCAGAUCAAACUUUACAACCUACUAUACCCUACUAAGAGACGUGGGGAAAUUGAAACCGAAAAAAGUACCUUUUGGUCAGUUUGAUAUAUAAUUUACAGCUUCGCUCCAAGUUUGACACUGUGCAGCUGACGCACCUGUAACCCCGAUUUACAAUCCAAUCCAAUCGUCGUAAAAUCACGUAAGACCCUCUUUAGCCCGGUUAACACUCCCCCUCCAAUGCGUAGCGUCUUUGACGGAAAAAUUCAGAGAGGAGAAAAGGCAACGGAGCAGGAGGUAUUAUAGUGGACGGUCUUAAAACAAUCGACGCUCUUUUCAUAGUCAAAAAGGUUGAUGCUUUGGAAGCCACAUACCAAUAACAUUUCCGGAACUCUCCACUGCACUUGAAACGGGAACUUUCCCUAACGGAGCAAGUUAUUUACGAGUUGCAUCAACUGACUGGAUAGUUUGCUGGAAUUGGUGGUAGUACCAGAAGCUAACGGCAAAGUAAAAAUGUAAUUUCGCGUAUUUAACAAAGCUUUACACUCUAUGCUAACUUGGUCGAUCAAUCAGAAUUUGCAAGCUCGUUGAAAAUAUGGCAAAUCAGACAAUCGCCUGAGUCAGAAAACUAUCAUUUUAUCCCCCAGUUUGUAACUUUCCGCUUCAGAAGAGUACCAAAUGGGAUAAUCUUGGUCCCUGAACACUUUCAAAAGUGAAUCUCACCAGGAACUGAGGGUGCCCUUGGUCAGGUGGAUACCCCCCUCCCCCCUUUAAAUCAAAAAGGGACUCUUCAAAAGUGAUGGCAGCAUAACCUCAGUCUGAAUGAAGACAGGUGUGAGUUCCCUAAACCUUCAGUAGAAUAUCCACGCAGCAUUAUUGGUCCUGAGGAACUGCAUACCACCAUACCACACGCCUCGAGAGUUGGCCAGCGUAGAAGAAUAAUUGAUGGGGAGGAAAAUACGCACGCGAGUCCCAACCCUCCAAUCGCAACGGAACUUUUGUUUUAAUGUAAUGGAGCAGUUACGAGAGAACAGUUUCCCGGAAGCUAGAAAAAAAUACCAGUUUUGACAGGUGCAACUUCGUCAAGAACUUUUCAGAACUUUACCCUUGAGAAAGUGUUUGGUUAAUGCUCCAGAUAGUUGGAGAUGCAGUUCUUGACAAACACGGUCCCCGUAGAAACCCUCAAAUGGCAAGCUGAGGGAAAAUAGGUGCCAACUGAACCCCUACUGGAAACAUCCGAAAGAGAAAAAAAGGGUUGAUUUCCAAUGGCGGGUAAUUUUUACGUGUGUACGUGCGUAAAAUUUACGCUCGCAAAUAAAAUAGAGGCAAUGCAAGCAAAAACGCGUCAGUGGAAAUCAGCAUUAAGGGAGACGACGCAGUCCCUGACCAAGUACAACGCAGUGUUAAGAUCAGCAGAUUAGUUCAAUCGAGAGGGAUUAAAACCGCACGAAGGCUUUGUAAACAUAGCUAAUUACAAACACUAAUUUUAAGUUUUUGAAUUGAAUAGGAAUAAAAGAAGGCGAUGUGAGUAACAAGUUAUAAACAAAGAAACGAAAACGGCGAUAACAGACCGCUGGAAAAGUGAUUUAAGAUUGAACGUUAAAUGCAAUCAUUGACAACAACCUUUUCAGAUAAGUAGAAAACUAGCGAGGCAAAAUUCAAUGAAAAACGGUAGAAUCUAGAUUCAUACAGCAAAAAUGGAAAACAAAACUACGAAAAGAGCAAAAAUGUCCACUAAACGGCGCAUAAAAGCAAGAUUGCAUUACUUACAGCGCGGUUAUAAAGCUAGCUAGUGAAGCGACAUCACGAGCCACCUGCUUUGCUUUACUUUAGCGGUUUUCCUGGCUGACUUGCUUGAUUCUCCCUUCAGAUGUUUAUGUCUGAAUAAUAAAAUUCACUUUUCCCUAGCUAAUGCUAAUAAUAGAGCAAGUUUUAAGAGAAAAAUGGUUUAAAAUGGUUUGAAAAUGACGAUUUUUGCUCAUUCACACACAACAAACAAACUUGUGAAUGAAGCUGCCAAUGAUUCCUCCCAGGUUAGCGGGCAAGAUCGUAAAAUACCGCCCGCUCUCGGAACCAAUCAGAUUGCAGGUUUUCGAGGAUUCCACCCACUCGCAAGCUUGGAAACAAACAAAGAUAUUUAUUGAUGAAAUUAAGGAGCGGCUCUGACGUAAAAGUAUUCUUACCCUAUCCGAGUCAAUAAAAACACUUCGAGUUGGCUUUAGUGUGCGGCUGAUCAACAAAUGUCAUAUAUAUUCAUCUGUCCUAAUAUUCUAGGUGGAUUUUACCAAGAUUCAGUUGCAGCAGUUGGUUUGACAUUGGAUGGAAAUGGCUGUCGGCGUUGCCCUGCUGGGACGUUUGUCCACUCAAAAAAUGCACCAGGAAAAGCAUCAUGGGAUUGUAAAGCAUGUCCAGAAGGUUAAUACGUCAUAUAAGUGUCUCGUUAUUGUUAGGAAGAAGCAAUGGGGUCGUCAGUUUUCCAUCGAUUUAAGUUUUUUUCUACAUAUUUGCGUCUUUUCUUUUGCUUUAUUUUGUUUAAAGGUACAUUUUCUGCAAAGCAUUAAAUACGUUUAGAAGUGUUUUUUUUUUUCAGUUGCCCUUUACGAUAAUUACAUUAUUUAACAAUUAUUCGCCGAAGGCGAAGUUAAUAUCCCCGAGACGAAGUCGAGGGGAUUAUUCAACAAUAUUAACCGAGCCUGAGGUGAAUAAUUGUUUUAGUAUAUUCACACGAAGUGAUCUCAACAGAAUCAGAAAGGAAACCAUUAAAAAACGAUUAGUUGAUUGACGGGUGAAUUCAUGUGUGAACACGAAGCCGUAAACAGUGGAUGCGCAAAAGUUAGAUCUUUACAGUAUCUUCAAAAAUAGCAAAUGAUGGUUUUAAUCUUUUUGUAUCGAGUUUUGUAAGCUUUAGCAUCAAGGGUUUAAAAGAAAACGUCGAAAAUUUAUAUUACUACCCAAUUCUGAGAAGAAAAGUAGACCUUUAUUUGUUUCUGUCAACUCACCGUGAAUGAGGAAGUUUUUUUUGUCGCUUCUUGCAAAUCCUGUCAACAGCGGCAGCUUUAAUACGAUCAAGGUGAGCGUUGUUUAUCUCCUAUGUUCUUUGCCUUGUUAACUUGCUGGCACGUACUAUUUUCGAAAAUAUUUGCCUUCCUCUUUUCUCCAUAAAUUAACUUCUUUUUAUAGGCAAAAUUGGUCUUGCGAGAAAAUCCCGAAUUCACAAAACAGUGACAAAGCGGCCUCGUUUUCCUCUGUAGUGGUAAACAAAGCUUCGAGCGUACAAAAAGUCAGCUGCAGUAAGCCACUUCACAAUAGAUCACGCUGUUUAAACACCAUGAAGUCUUUUCUCGCCUUCAAAGUCAUCAGCACUUGGAUAUUCGUGUAUUUUCAAAAAGGCUUUACUACGAAACUUUGGCAAAACACCCAGUUCACGACAGCGAUUUUGUUCUGCUUUAUAUUCACCGCCUAGCGCGGUGAAUAUUUAACAAUUAUUCUUCGAGCCCGAAUGGGCUAUUGACUUAGGGGCCAUGAGGGCGAGAGGAAUAAUUGUUUUAGUAAAAUCCAACUAGGUGUCGAAAAUAUCGAGACAAAACAACCUUAGCUGGUUAAAGCGAGACUUUAAUCCUUUUUUUGUCGCUAAAAAGCCGACGCUUUUUGGGCUAUAACAUAUAGCCUAGUAGUAGCUCAACCAAUCAGAACGCAGCAAGAUAAUAGACCACUAGCUAGAUUUUACUAAAACGUCAUAGUCCGAGAUAGCGAACCAAUCAGAUAGUUUGAAUUACCAAGAUCACUGAGUGUGUAUAUACGAUGGUUAUUCGGUUUUCAUCGAUUGUUUCUGCUUUGGGGGUUUUAGGAGGGGUUGAAUGUUCUCCUUUGUCAGUCAUGUUUCAAAAAUAUAUCAUUGAUCUUCCCUUUGUAUUAAUGAGCCGUUUGGCAAUUCAUAAUUACAACUGAGUUGUAAAGGUAAAGGAAUCUAUGAAACCGAUCUGUAGGACUAUGAAACCGAUCCGGCUGAUAAAGUUAGCAUCGUUUUGUUACAUCAUUUAUCAGUGAUGAAUUUUUGCUUUUUAUAGGUACGAAUACGACAAUGUUCGCUGGGUUUAGAGCAUGUUGGUGUUUGAAAGCCCAUUACCGCCUAGACCGUUUUGGACCUUGCACAGCUUGCCCUGGUAAAGGGGUUGAGUGCUCCGAUGACAAGCUUAAUUUAUUACGUGGUUUUUACUGGAAUUGGGCCGAUCAUGACGGAAACUACAGUAAAUCUACCUACAAGCUCUUGAUUGCAAACUUGGCUAUUAGAAAUGAUAAAUACAACGCACAAACAACAAGGUUCGUUGGUAAGCUACCAGUAGCUUAUAAAUGCUUACGAGAAAGUUCCUGCAUCGGGGGAAUCGACUCACAAUGCGCUGAGAGUUACACCGGACCACUUUGUGCCAACUGUCGACGAGGAUACUACAAGAGAGCGAUAUCCUGUCACAAGUGUCCAUCACAAAAGCUCAUUGCGAUCCAGUUUGGAGUACUGGCCUUAAGUAUCCUUAUCCUUGUCUUGGUAAUUAUUAAAAGCAACAAAUUGUCCACUUCAGGAAGGCGCACGAUCGCCGACAUAUUCCUUGCUCAUGUCAAGAUUAUUAUUGGAUUUUACCAAGUUCUAGCUGGUAUUCUGCAAGCUUUUUCUUACAUCAGAUGGCCCUCCCAGGUAUUUGUCCUUGAGAGUUACAUCAGAUUUGUUCAACUUAACUUUUUGGAGAUUGUCUCCCCGACCUGUCUGAAAGAAAAUUUCAAAAUGAAUGCUUAUAGUCAUUUCAUGUUUACUGUGGCGGCAAACGUGUGCAUAGUUAUCUUUCCACUAUUCUGCUACCUUUUAAGGUUGGCUUGGGUGAAGGUGAAAGGACAUCAAAGAGACAAAAAAGAAGACAUGGAAUCCAAAAAGCCUCAUCUGAAAGUCAUGUUGUUUCUUCUGUUUGUUGCCUAUCCAGCCACUUGUGUCAACAUAUUUAAGAUUCUUCCUAUUUCUUGCCAUGAACUCUGCCCAUUUGAAGGAUCCAGCACAUGCCCGUCUUUCUUGAGAGCUGACUACACCAUUGAGUGCGGAACCAACGAGCACAAAAAGUACACGUGGGCAACAUAUGCAUCGUUAUCAUAUGUGGUUGCAUUUCCCAUCUUUCUGACAUACCUGGUCUGGAAAAACCAUCACCAAGCUCAGAAGAGAAUUAAAAAAUUCACCGCAACAGAAACCAGGGGCAACAUGAAUCAAAUGGCGAUGGCAGUAUUGUUUUUACACGAGAACUACUCGCCAAGCUGCUGGUAUUGGGAAGGUAUCGAAAUGGCGCGAAAGGUUAUUCUGUCAGCUGGCGUGGUAUUUGUGGGAUCUGAAAGUCGUACGCAAGUUGGUAUUGCUGCAAUGAUUUCCGGUGUUUUCGCAAUGCUUCAUGGGAGAUUUCGACCCAUUCCAAACAGAUUUGAGGAUUAUCUACAAAUGACGUCCCUUCUGGUGACGUCAUUCAAUCUUUUGAUUGGAGUGCUACUGAAGAUACCAUCAGAUGACGUGACUGGAAACGUGGAUGCAAAAAACGAAAACGAGGCCCUUGGUAUUUUGCUGUUGAUGAUCAAUGCUUUGGUCAUAAGCAUUGUGUUUGGUAAGUUUGGGUUAUAUACUGUAAGUUAUAAGUAUUAUAUUUAAGUAUUUUACCUUCGUGCUUUAUCUGGUUUAAAUACAUUUCACACUGUCAUUAGCACAGUGGGCAACUUUGUGACAGUUCCAGGGCAAAGCUAGGAAUUUGUUUGAGGAGGUGCGUUUGAGCACCUGACGUGUUGAUAACCGAGACGUCAAAGGAAGAAGAAACUAGGGCAACUAGGCGAGGGAGGUUCGGGGGCAUACCCUCUUCACCCUCUCGUUAACACGACAAGAAUCAUGUUUGUGGCCCAGUGGUGGUGGUAUUGGUGAGUAGGCCGCAUUAUGACAUUGCGCCAUCUGAACUGAGUGAUGAAAAGUUCUGACCACUGAUCUGCAGGGUAUCAACCAUAUUAUUAUUAUUGUUCAUUCAUUCAUUCCUCCAAAAUAUUUCGUCGCUCUGAUUGACUCAAAGCCCCCGGCUAAUUAUUCAUGACCAACUGACGUUGACCAAAAGUGGAAGAUGCGAGCAAGGAACCAUCGAUUCGAUGGUAUAUUUGAUGUUAAAAGUAUGGUAUGUUGGCUAGGAAACGAGGCCCCUUGGGCUUUAUACCAUACCAGGGGCCACUACCUAGUAGUUUAUUUAAAAGGGAACUAAAAAAGUGGCGUUCAUGGCUAUCCGAAGACAAAAUACUUGUGGCUAAAUUUAAAAAUUUCUGACCAAAACUGAACGAAACAAAUGUGGGAAUACCUAAACCAUAUUUCUCGAAAAAUGUUACCAACUUUUUGAGGAGUAUCUGCGAGAAAAAAACAUCUUUCUAUAUCUUGAAAACGUGCCGAGAAAUAAGCCAAAGAUUUGGAGAAAGGCUGAGAGAAGGAAAGCUUGUUAACAACUUAGAAAUAUUUCGAAUUCGGCAUUCGCUGAUGGUCUCGGAGGCUAUUUUCCACCUCGGCCUACUCGAUCUGCAUAAUUCUACUCAUCAUACCCAGCCUCGUUCAAUAAUUGCUAGUUAUUUGAACUCAACGACUUUUAUAUAAGACUUGUCACUGUUCGAAAAAUUAGGAAAUCCAAAAAUUGCUCCUUGGUCGUGGUAACGAGUUGUUUGUAUUAACAACGUUAUGAAAAACUGUGAAAGGUUUGAACCCAGGAGCCAUUUCAAAAGUAGGUUGAGUUUGAGAUACCUUUUCUAGACUGUUUGGUCAUUCGCGACAACAACAAACUAAAAACGACUAUUGACAGAAAACCGACACAUACCGACCAAUUACUAGACCAGUCUUCGUACAACCCGACCUCUCACAAGGCUACCACCAUCCGGACUCUGACGAGACGAGCGCAACUAGUUUGCUACUCACCUGACAGCCUACAAGACGAAACUGAUUAUCUGAACAACGUUUUUAGUAAGAACAAUUACAACACGGACUUUGUUAGACGGAACAGUCACAGUAACACUGAUUCCAACACUCAGACCAACUCUGGCCCUGUUACGACAGCGACUAUACCGUACAUCAGAGGCACCUCUGAAACUAUUGCACGUAUAUUACAACCUUACAAUAUACGUGUUGCACACAAACCGAUUACCACUUUACGGCGACUGCUUACUAAUGUCAAGGACAAAGACAAACCGGGGGACGGACAGGGAGCAGUAUACAAGAUCAAAUGCUGCGACUGCCAGGCUUCUUACGUUGGUGAAACUGGCAGAAACCUAAGCACGCUAGAGACCGAACAGAAACGCGCGACGAGGAAUGGUGACGUCAACAAUCACAUUGCUGAGCACCAUUUAAAGACGAAAUAUCAAAUUGACUAGGACUCUGCGACAUGUAUAACGUCUUGUACAGACUACUAUCAACGUCUUACUUUAGAAAGCUGGUUUACGAACUUAGAACAAACGCCACUGAAUCGUAGCCAACAGUUACCAGCGCCGUACAAACGACUUAAUGACGAGAUCAAGCAAAACUAACUACAAGAGAACGACUGGAAAACUGACAAUUUGACUAACAAUAGACGACUGUUUAACUGUGACAAUAGACGGAUCGAAACGCACCAAUUACUGAUUACGAGUCCUCAUAGCCAAUAACAUCACGGCUUAACUGACAGACGACCAAUAACAUCGCGACGUAAUUGACCAAUCAGAUCUAUAAACAGAGUAUAAUACCAUCAACUGACGUGAUACAACUCACUUUGACUGUGAAGAUGACUAUCGCACAGGUUGUCGAAACGUCAGUCAAUGACAGACUAGAAACAAUAGACAACUCCCAAAGCACAAACUCAGCCAAAACGCUAAAAAUCUUCAAUGUUUACUCAAGUUUGGGCUUACAGAAGAUAAUGUCACAGUUUUUCAAUGACCAUGAAAUUCAGAGUCCGGGUAGUUAGUUAAUCAAUUGUGGCCCUAAAAAAAUUUGAAGGAAAAAAAACUACGAAUUUUUAAGAAAAUGCUUUUUUCGUGAGAAGAACUCUUACACGCUGACAAACGUCAACAAAGAGCUAAAACUAUAAUUUCUAUAUGUUUGCUUUGCUCGAAAUCGCGCGCAUUUACAAGGCCCUAAAGCGUUUUGCUGACUUGCAAGGACCCAUCUGUUAUAACGAUGCCCAAAAUAAAGGGAUGAAUCUCAUAGUUUAUUAGAUAUAAUCGUGUGAAGUUUGCUUAUCAUUUUCGCAUAAAUUAUGACCUAAAUUUGGAAACCGCUGAAUUUCUCGAAUUGGGUCUUUGCGAUUUUGGUGAAAUUCUGUUCAGCGCAAGGCACUAAUGCGCACUAUAUGUAGCCGAGAGAUUUUCACGAAAAAAUGCCGGCAACAGCUGAUUUUCGACUCAGCCCUCAAAGGGGCGUGGCAUUACAACCAAGUGACAUUUACUACGAUCGCCAAAAAUUUUCCGUUAUAUUGUAGAUUGAUCUAUAUGUUAUCCAUUCUAUGUGUUAGACUUACGAUAAAAGUAAAGGUGGGGAUACCAGAGAGCUUCAAAGUAGUAUGGUACCCCCAAAAAAAAAAAAAAACUGGGUCGAGUCACCUUAAGGCAGGGUCUACGAAUACCUCUGCGUAUAUGAAUACGUGUUUCAAAAACUCAUUAAUAAUUCAUGGCCUUAACAACCUAUCACGUCCGCUAAAAUCCGUCACGUGCUCGUGUUUUAAACCCUGGUAAAACACUGUCAAACCAAAAAGCCUGGGGGCGGCAUUUGAUUUCAGCCUCAGGGGAGUGCGAGGCUGAUUGUAUUUUGAUUCAUUGAUAUUCUUUCUUUAAAAAUUUCAUCCUCAUUAGUAUUCUUUAUAUAAAAAAUACUAAUAAGGAUGACAUUUUAUUUCACUGGACGUGACCUAUGAAUAUUAAUCAUCAGCACAGCAACUGACACAACAAAUGGUGGUUGAAUAUCUAAUGUUCUUUCAAACUAACACACGCAGUAAAUUUAUUAUUGCAAAAAAUUAAAUUUUGUUCUUUCACCAAUUUAAUGAGCCAAAAGUUCAAUGACACAGUGGUAAUAUUGGCUAUAGCAGUGUCCAAGCGUUGCACUCAAGACUUGCCAGGCUCGAGUACUAUGCAACGCUCGAGUACUACGCAAGCCUCGAGUACUGGAUUUUUGUUUACUUACCAUUCGGCCAUUCCAGAAAAAUUUUGUCAAAGAAUACUUUUUCAGUGGAAUAAUUGACUUUGUGGUACCAUUUUCAAUUAACUUCCUCUCGUCCUCGGCUUUUAGGCUUCCGAAAAGCUCUGGAACAAGACGCUAUGUCCUCUUCGGUUAGUGUCGUUCGUAGACUGGAAAAUUUCUAAAUACGUGUGAGAUUUGAUUUUCUUACAUAAUAAUUUCGUACGUAAUGUUUUUUUUCGUAUGCUAAUUUGCUAAUAUGCUAGCGUCAUUGUUAUCAACUCCAUCGAGACACGCUUUUCCAGGAAUGUUUUUGAAGCCGUUCAAUAAACUCGCGGGUCGGGUUUUAUCGGGGUAUAAAGCCAGUCGGCUCGUGGCUUUAUACCCCGAUAAAACACCCCCGCUCGUUUAUUAAACACUACUUAAACACGUAAGGACAUUUCCAAGAAUUCAUGUUCCGAUUGCUCCUCAUUGUAAAAUCAAGUGGCGUCCUCUGGAGAUAGGAGUUUUAACAUUUUCGAGCACACAGUGGCGAGCCGCAGCGAUGUUCAAACAGCUGCAUGAACUUCACCAGAAACAUUCUAAAAAAUUUGCAGUGUUCGACGUAAGCGCUUUUACUAACUGGGUAAUUUACUCAACGUUAACGUCAUUUGAACAAUCUACCAGCAAUCUUUUUUGUUGCAAAUACAAUGAAACAAAGACUUAAGUACGUAAAGCAGUUUUGACCUAAAAUUUAGUAAAACAAUUUUCUUAUAUCCCUCUCUUUUUUUCAGCUCGAUAUCUUAUCGUUUUCAAACAGUUCCUAAUGGAUUGCCGCAGAAAUCCCCGUUUUAAUCUCGGCUGCUUGAACAUCACACAGGAAACUCAAGCUGGUGAUAACGAUGUCAGUUUGCAGGCAAUGUCGAAUGAAUCGCAGCUCGACAAACCUGGUAUUAACGAAGAGGAGAACAAAGUCUGCCUGUGCCAAGCUGAUGACACCGUGAUUGACAAGACGCUCACAGACAGCAAGUGA